GUGUAUAGUUCAUUCCAUUCCUGGUUGACAGUAAUGUGAUUUGCCAGGUAGGUCCCGUUUUUUUUUUUGUUGUUUUUUUAAAUUAUUGUUUCUGUCUUCAAGUUACCGGAUUUUAUUUAUUGUUGGUGCUAUUGUAUGCUAUUUAACUGUGACGUCUGCUAUUUAACUGCGACGUCUGCUAUUUAACUUCUGAUGUAAACAAAGCUAGUUUCCUACUGAAUCUAGAUUUUGGAUGGCAACUUUGUUAUUGUAUUCAUACCAAUCUCCCAAAAUCUAAAAUUAAACCACUGACUGUUAGAUCAUGUUCUUUCUCAGAAUAAAAUUCACAAAGUGAAAAAUAAUGGAGAAUUUGUUAUAUUGCUAGGAUGGUCAAACUCAUCCACACUUGUACUAAAUGGAUGACUAUUCCGUGAUAUGUGUCCAUUGCAUUGUUUACAUGAACUCUUCACGUUACGUUUAAGAAACUCUCUAAGAAAAAAGAAUGUACAUCCGUUGUCUUGUGAUAAUGUAUCACACAUUUCGUGGUCAUGACUUGGUCACUCUAUUGGUAACUGCGACACAAAAGGCGACGUUGAAACAUGCGGACACAGUGCUGGUGAUAUGUACUGAUGCAAAUCGUGAUAUUUAGUUUUCCAAUGGUGAUGUGUAUGUAUGUAUGUAUGUAAAUGAUGUUAUGUGGGUAUGUCAAUGGUGAUGUGUCUGUAUGUAAAUGAUAUGUGUGUAUGUAAAUGGUGAUGUAUGUGUGUAAAUGGUGAUAUGCAGUUAUUUAAUUUGUACUAUUUAGGUUGUAUAUUGUGAUAUGUGGAUAUAAAACUGUGAUAGGUUGGUGUGUAUGUUAAACGGUGAUAUGUAGAUGUGUAAAUGAUGAUAUGUAGAUGUGUAAAUGAUGAUAUGUAGAUGUGUAAAUGAUGAUGUUAACAUGAAGGAAGUAAAGAAGCCGAAAAGCUAAUAUCUCGGUCACCCCCCACCCCACCCCCCCCCAUUGUCAUGUCGUCUCAUGACGUGAGUCACGUGGGACCAGGGUUAACUUAUUAAUGACCCCAUUAAUCAGUAAAUAAGUCUCUCAUUACUGGGGUAAUGAGCGUGUUAUCUAAAAUAUGUUGGGGAGUGAACUAUGAACAAAACUCUGCAGAGCACCAUGAACCGCUAUGUGACCUAUAAAGGGUAUGGUGGAAAAAACUUUAACAAAAAGCUUUCCUAUUGUAGCCCUAAAGUAGAUUAUAUUUUAAUGUCAUGGCUUGUUCAGACCUCUAGGUUAAGGGUUGUAGGGUAAUAAAGGACACUAUUGAUAAACAACAACCGUGAUAAUCUUAUAAAAAUGGUCAUUUGGCACAUUGCCCACCCACUUUUCUUUACUUCUGCCGGCUCAAACACCAAAUGCCCCCCCCCCCAACCCCCAAUCAUCUUCGCGUUUCCCCUCUGUGUUGGGGAACAAGUAAAUAACUCUUUUAACUCCCCACUUAAGGUUCACCAUAUAAAAAAAAAAAAAUUAUAAAAAUGGUCAUUUGGCACAUUCCCCCCCCCCUUUUCUUUACUUCCGCCGGCUCAAACACCAAAUGCCCCCCCCCCCCCAACCCCCAAUGAUCUUCGCGUUUGCCCUCUGUGUUGGGGAACAAGUAAAUAACUCUUUUAACUCCCCACGUAAGGUUUACACUAUUAAAAAAAAAAAAAAAACUUAAAAAAAUUUCGCAUUAACUAUCAUUUCAAUGAAUUAUUUCAUCUUUGCUUUUAGUUUAUUAAACCCUCAUUGGCUGAUUAGGUCCAAAAGAUAAUAUUUUAAACAAAGGAAAUCGACACAAUCACAUGGUUGGCACAUUCAAACAAGCAGAUACUUUUACAAAUCAAAAGUUGAUUCGAAGACUUCGGUUAUGGCUUGGGUACUGAUAGCCAUUACUUUAGGACUUUGGUAUACAUUGCAUUUAUAUUAGUUAGCUGGUGUCAAUGAAAGGACGGCCAUCUGAAAUAAACAACAAUUUUAACAAUCCCAUAAGCCUUAUUUCUGUAAUGUAAGGCCAUGUUAAAUUGUAGCUAUAGAUUAGAUAUUUUCAUCAAAGUUGAUACAAUUAUUUCACUUCAUGAAAUUAAUUAGAAAAAGUAGAUCAUUUUCAGCAUACAUGGUGAGUUCUAUACAGCUGGGGUAAAUGUGUUGAGAGUGUUAAACAAGUAGCUAUUGUUUUAUCUGCAUUGAAAUCAUUUGGGUUGAAUUCAUCUCAGAGACAUUAAAAAUGAAAUUUGUAGCAUUCUACGUUACGUUUUUAAAUUCAGCAAAAACAAUGGCUUACACAAGACUCGAUCGAUUGGUAUUAGAAUCGAAUGUGACUCUCUCCAAAAUUCUUGACAAGUCCAUAUUGGUAUCGACUGUGACCUUUUACAACAAGACUUCUCUUCUAUAUCUUAAGGGUCCAUUAUCAAUUUAUCGAUCAUACUGGUUCUUGUGCAUGUAGAUGGGAUUAGCGAGGUUUCUGCGCCUGGUGUUGAAGAGGAUAUUUGACUGGUUGCAAGGGCAACUCAGAGAGGGUAUCACGCACCGUGGGUUGAAAGGCCUGAUGCAAUAGAGGCAAAAAUGCGGAUGUUGGUUUCGACUGUGACCUACUACUAUAAGAAUUGAUAUGUCAACAUUGGUAUCCAUUGCGACCAUCUCCAAUUUAAACCAACAAACGUUAUCAUAGUCGAGUACAAUUUCUGACCUUAAUGUUGUUUUUUUCCUUCAUAAUUUAGCAUUUCAUGAACAUUUUUAUUUUCUGUCUUGAUCAAACCUUUUCUCUUUUUAAAUGUCCUUUUUGUAACACUAUGUAACUGUGUCCGGGGUAUGUUCUUGUGUCUCUCUACCUAUCAUUAUUUAAUGUAUGCUCUCACUCGUCACACAGUUCAAAUGAAUCAAAAUAUUUGAUACAAGUAUAUUCUCACUGUUCACCAUCUAAUCUUCACUCUUCAUUUUGUUUAUGUGCCAAACUUCAUUUCCAAAAAUCAACAUAGCAAGACUAGAGACCGUAUGAAAGUUAUUUUCUGAUUUCGGCCGAAGCCGAUACUAGGCCGAAAGUUAAAAAAAAUGACUUUCGGCCGAAAACAAAAUUAGGCCAAAGUAAAAAAUGAUUUUCGGUCAAAACCGAAGCCAAAACCGAAAGCUUAAAGAGACUUUCGGCCGAAACCGAAGCUGAAACUGAAAUAUUUAGAUAUUUUGAAAAUCGUUCACCCAUACAUUGUGAGCCUUGGUAACUUUCAAAAUCUUCUUCUUCUUCUUAUGCCUUUUUAUCCAGUCUGAGGCAUAGGCCAUCCACAAGACUUAUCCAUUCAUCUCGGUCCUGUGCCUUCCAUUCCAGUUUCUUCCAGGUGUAUCCAAUAUUUUUCAUGUGUGCCUCUAGCUCGCGUCUCCAUGUCUUCUUUGGCCUUCCUCUCUUUCUUUUUCCCUGUGGAUUCCAUGUUGGGAAUCGUUUGUUGGUGCUAUCUGGGGGUUUUCGGAGAGUAUGUCCUAUCCGUCUCCAUCUUUUAUUUAAGAUGUCUUCGUCAAUGAGCACCUGGUGAGUCCUUUCUAUUACACCUUUGUUGGUGAUAAUAUUUUGCCAUUUGAUUUUCAGGAUCUUUCUAACGCCUAUGAUUAUGAAGGUCUGUACUUUCUGCGUAAUGAUCGCCGUUUUUUCCCCAAGUUUCUGAUCCAUAUAGCAGGAUUGUCUUUCAAAAUAGGGUUAGUCAAAAAGACCUUUACUACUAUAAAAAGUCAAAACUCAUUCUACCUACAAUAGCUUCUUCUUUUGCAUCAAUAAUUCAUAAAUAUGUCCUGCUCCUGCCUACUGCUUGACACGUUAUAGCAUUUAAAGUCUUCAUGGAGAAGGAUGGGAUGGCUGUUCCUGUACUAAGUGAUCCCAAAUGGGUCAUGGACUUGGCUUUUCUUUUUGAAAUUACACAGGAGCUGAAUGUCUUCAACAAGAAAUUACAAGACCAGGAGCAGCUUGUCAGUGUUGCUUAUGACAAUGUCAGGGCAUUCUGCACAAAACUUGUGUUAUGGUUCUUAGAAAAACCUCUGCCUUUUCCCAACAUGCAAAGUACUCAUGGACUCGGGCACACCAUUCAGUAGUAACUUAGUAUUAAGUAUACUGAAGCCAUUGCAAAGCUACAGAAAGAAUUUGAUCACAUUUUUUAGACUUUCAAAACAGAGACAGCCAAUUUUCAAUUUUUGCUGACCCUUUCUUCUUUAAUGUACAAGAUACAACACGCUGGGGGAUGAAUGGAAAAACAGACAAGAAUGGACAUUUUUUUGCACUGCCCUCUACUUUCCUGAGAUUUCCAGGUUGUUCAAGUGGAUCAUAUGACUUUUUGGGAGUACCUAUCAGUGUGGAAAGCUCUUUCCACUACGUACUUUAACAAGCCAACGUUUUUUGUGGGGAAUACUUGAUACGGCCCAGGCUCACUCAGACUCUACCUCCUGCGGCCCGCGGAUGAUUUGAGUUUGAGACCCCUGAUCUAAUGAAUUUUUUUGGUUUUAAAUUUUUUAUUUUAAUUUCUUUAAGACGUUUUUAAAUUAGUAUGGUAGGAGAAUUUUUGGAAAAGGGGGGGGGGGGAAUUAAUGCAAAAUAGACCCUUGAGUGCACUUUGCUUUUAUAAUAUAAUUACAACCUAGAACAUAUACCUACAAUAAUUAUUGUGGCUCUAAUAGAGCCAAUUGCUACCUAAAUAUAUGUUAUUAAGGCUAUAAAAAUAUCACCAGAAUGUUUCGCGGUUUUCGUCAUACUAAUUAAUGCUUUGUGUUUACAUAAAUAUCUUGCAAGAUAUCACUGUAUUAAUAUUUAGCCUAGUAACAACACACUAAUCUUUCUGUGCUCGUGACGAAAUUAUUAUUUUCGGCAUCAAACCUCCCUCCCCCCCCCUGGUGGGGAAAUUCUUUUAACCAGGUUCUUGAAAUUGUUAUUCUGGGAGGGACUCGACGGAGAAUCGCAAAGACAUGUAAUUUGUCGCUAAAAUCAUACACGUAAACAGGUCUGCAGUAGCCUCACUACAUAAUUAUAAUAGGAACCCGUGAUUCCUGCACACUCAUGUUAUUUCGUCAAUAACAAUGUUUGUGUGCGUGAUCAUGAUGAAUUUCAAGAAAUGACUGGUUGGAAAAAAGCCUAAGUUUGCUUAAAAAAUAUAUAAAAGAAACAUUAAACAAACAUAAGAACUGAAACUUUACCAUUCCCUAGGAUUAUGCAAUAUUAUUCAUCUUUGCCUAUAACAACAUUGAUUAGCCUGACAAUGAUAAAUUAUAAUAAAUAUCACAAAUGAAGGAGUUGAAUAAAAACAUAGGGUUCCAAAUUGUAUUUUAGAAAAAAAAAAUUAAAAUGGAAAUAAUGAUACAAAUAUUACCAAUCCUUACUUUUUCAUCCACAAAACUGUUUACAUUUGUCUAGACCUAAUUGAAAUGUAAUUUUAUGAAAAUAUAGGACAAGUAGGUGCUGAGUAUUAGUCAUUUAACAUACAAUAACAGCAAGACGUCGAGCACUAAUGAAUAUCACAUUGUCGGCCAAGAGACAGACAGGCAGUCUAACUUCUGGUAGAUGACCGAAAACUUCAGUCACUUUCGGCCCUUAGGCAAUUUCGGCCGAAACCGAAAUUAAACCGAAAGGUAACUUCUCUUUCGGCCGAAACCGAAAUUAAGCCGAAAGUUAACUUUUCAGUUUUGGUCUAAACCGAAAUUAGGCCAAAAGUAAUCAAAUGACCAAUUUUGGCGCAGAAACCGAAGCCGAAAUUCGGUCGGUCUCUAAGUAAGACACAUACAAUAUAUAUAUAUAUAUAUAUAUAUAUAUAUAUAGUAUUAAAAUUGCACUUUUUAUACGAACGCCAUCUUCAAAGUUGUUAGAAAUGUUUGCUUGUUACAAGUUGUACAUUUUUAGUGACGGAUUGGAAACUAGAAUUAGUGACCUAUAUAUUGGGUGAAGAACUCAAAACUCAUAAUGGGUUGAGUUUUUUUUUUCCUCUAUGUUCGAUUAUAUCCGACUUUAGUUUAACAUAUUUUUAGCUAGUCAUCCAUUACUAGGAAUAGGCAAUGGCAAAUAAAGCAAAUGAUAGCAUAUGAGCAAUGCAUUACUAGACAAUACCAAUUAAACAACUAAAAAAUUCAACUCUUUUUUAAUUUAAUUCAAUUUAUUUUAUAUAUAUUUAUUAAUUAAAUACCGGGAAGAGGAUAACAUCAUUCUUAUAUAAGCUAAACAUCAUUUCCAUUUUCUUGAGAUAAGCAAAACAUCUUUCCCAUUUUCCAGGUAUAAGCAAAACAUCAUUCCCAUUUUAGUACAGACAGACUUGCCAUAGUACGGGCAGACUUGUAAUAGUAGGCCUACGGACAGACUUGCCAUAGUACAGACAGACUUGCCAUAGUACAGACAGACUUGCCAUAGUACAGACAGACUUGCCAUAGUAGAGACAGACUUGCCAUAGUACAGACAGACUUGACAGCAGUAGUGAACAACAAAUAAAAGCAUCAUUCACACAGAUGACCCCCAUUCCGUUCCCAUUCAAUCAGUUAAGGCGGACUAGACCGACACUAAAGAAAGACUCGGCUGGCCCCGAAGCUAGCUGUUAGGAUGAAUACAUUUGCUUCACCAUCCCAAAUAUUUGCCCUUAAGUCAUGUCCAUUCAACCUUUUCUGUGUUUCUCUGAAAUGCAAACUGCUGAACAAUUCUUCUUUUUUUUCCGGGGGUUUGGGGGGGAGGGGGGGAAGGGAAGGUGGAGGUGUUUCUGGGUAUUGGCCCAUGAUUGUGGGAUGACACAGCCUACAGAUUUCAGGUUUCCGAAUCAACAAACAUGACUCUUCUAAUCAAAUAUAAAGCAAUUGCGAACCCUGAACGUGACAUCUUCUUAUAUUUUGAUGAAAGCAUUUCCCGAUGGUUGAAAUACAAUACAUUUAGUGACAGACAUAGUUGUACAACGUCUAAAGGGUGGCUCUCAGUUCAAGUUAUAUUUACUUUCAAGUUGUCCGCGUUCUUCACAGCUGACACUAAGCACUUCAAUCCGAUUGGCCCAAAUUGAUUGGGAAAAAUGAAAGUGAAGUUGUAGUUGAUUUCAAAAAUAUUUUGAAGACUUCUAUAAUUAAUAGUUGGUGAAUUUAUUAUUUUAAAUAGAAAUAUUUUGGAGGAGGGAAUGAAAUAAGAGAUAGAUUGAGUGUGAAAAUAAGAGUGAGGCAGUAUCAGAGAGAAAGAGAGAGAGAGAGAGAGAGAGAGAGAGAGAGAGAGAGUAAGAAUGAGAAAGUAAGAGUCAGAGUGUAAGAUCAAAAGAGUAAUUGUAAGAGAGUAAAGUGACAUAGUAAGAGAGAAAGAGAGAGAGAGAGAGAGAGUAAGAUAGUGAAUGUGAGAGUAAGAGUUUGAGAGUAAAAAUGGGUGAGUAAGAAUGAGAGAGUAAGAGUGAGAAGGUAAGAGUUAUAGACUAAGAGACAGAUAGUAAGAGUGGGAUAGUAAGAGUGGGAUAGUAAGAGUUGGAUAGUAAGAGAGAGAUAGUAAUAGUGGGAUAGUAAGAGUGGAAUAGUAAGAGUGUGAUAGUAAGAGUGGGAUAGUAAGAGUGGGAUAGUAAGAGUGUGAUAGUAAGAGUGGGGUAGUAAGAGUGGGAUAUUAAGAGUGGGAUAGUAAGAGAGAGAUAGUAAUAGCGGGAUAGUAAGAGUUGGAUAGUAAGAGUGGAAUAGUAAGAGAGGGAUAGUAAGAGUGGGAUAGUAAGAGUGGGAUAGUAAGAGUGGGAUAGUAAGAGUGGGAUAGUAACAGGGGACAAAUGUGUGCGAGUAAGAGUUAGAGAGUUAGAAGGGAAUUGCGAAUGAGAGUAAGAGUAAUAGAGUAAAAAUAAGAGAGUGAAAUAGUAAGAGGCUGAGUGCAGUAUGGCUGAAGUCCUAACCUAGCUAAAACUUCCCAUAUUUUUCCUAGCUACCCCUCGUUAUCAAUAUUGGCAUAGUGUCUAAACAUUGAGAAGGUGUUUGUAUUAUCAGGUUUUGAAAAUAAUUUAUGUUUUUUGUAAAUGAAUAUUUAUCUAGCUGUGUCGUCUCACUGUGUCGUAUCAAUGUGUCGUAAGCGUGUCAGCUAGCAAGUUGUGGUGUGUUAAUUAAUGACAUGGGGGCAGCGGAACGGAAGUGGUUGAGAUCGAGACGUUAUCGUGCAUAAAUGAACCAACACUUGAACUCUAGUGGUCAUGUUGCUCGAACAGGGGUUCUCAAGCUAACAUAGGCCCGUGAGAAAAUCUAGUGCAACGGUUCUCAACCUGUGGGUCGUGAACCCUUGGGGUCACACGACCCUUUUACAGGGGUCGCCUAAGACCAUCCGAAAACACAUAUACUCUACUGUUAUGAAGUAGCAAACAUAAUAAUUUUGUUGCUGGGGUGUCGCCACAACACGAGGAACUGUAUUAAAUUGUCGUGACACUAGGAAGGUUGAGAACCACUAUGUUUUAUAGGCAGACGCGUUCAGGUUAACUUUAAUAUUGGGGUCAGCUGUAGUUGUUUUCUUAGUGGAGCAGUGAUACUUUGACAAAAUAAUUACGAUAAUUAUCAUCCUUUCUUUAUCAAUCUGUAAGGAAAGUCAAGUUAAGUGAAGCAACACUGGAAUCACAUAUACAGGUAAUAUUCCAAAUAAUCUCACAUAUCAAUUCAAUGUGAAUAAAGCAAAUCUGCAACUAAACCUAUCCGGACAUGAUACGCACCUGUGCACCUGUUUACAUGCAGUAGUACUUUGGCACCCAGGUACGCGUAGACACGAUCACACUAAUGGCUACAGUGACCCCCCCCCCCUUUUUUUUCCCCCACCAAACUGAAAGUAAUAGAAUCGGUGACAAGCGGUGCAUGAUAUUAGUUUGGAGAACGCCAUUUUGAAACCAAACACCCAAUGUUAUUACCCCUUAUUUAUUCAUGAAUGUUAACCAACUGAAAGUAUUCUUUGCCAGUGAAACAUGUUGAUGAAAUGUAUGUAUAGAGACUUUGGGGUCUUUAGUCAUUGGUAUUUUGACUUUGACAUUUAGAACAUUUGGUCUGUAAUUCUAGCAGUAGAUUAAUAAGACACGAACAAAUUGUGUCAAUAGAACAAUAUAAGUUACGCUUUAAUAAUAAUUAUACACAAUUGAACGUUUCGGCACAUGCCUUCAUCAGUACAAACAAACAAAACACAUUUAAGUAAGUAUAAAUUAAAUUUACGUAAUAUCAAUAUAUAUAUAUAUAUAUAUAUAUAUAUAUCCUACCUAAAACAGAAAAAAUAUAGGAGAGGGCGCUAAAACCAGACAAAAACAAAGUUAAGAGGAGUAGAAAGGAAAUGAUUUUAACAUAAUUGUAAAAACAANACCAAAUCUAGUUAUUAAUUUGUUCUCCAUAUAGAUUCUAUCUGCAGUGUUACUAGUAUAGAGUAUACCAGUAACUGCAAUGUCUGAGAUACCAUCAUGGUUAGGGCUAUUGAAAUGUUUGGAGACCGGACAGAGAGCGUGUUUAUUUAUGUUAUAGAGGUGCUCUCUGAAACGGUCCCCAAGUAGUAUGGUCUACAGCGGGUCUCAAAAUGAAAUCAUCCGGGGCCCACAUGAGGUACAGUCUGUUAGUGAGGCUGGGCCGCAUCAAGUAUUCCAGCAAAAAAAGCGAUUUCAAAUUCAAUAAAGAACAACUUUUACAAUCUGGUCAACCUUUAAGAUUAACAAAAAUAAAAAUAUUAAUAGUUCUCAAGAACUAGGUUUCACUUAAUUCUUCUCAAUCCUUUUUGCCAGGGACCUGGCAGCGCUUCUUCUUACACAGCUGAGUAACAUUUGGCUUGAGUGAGGAAGCAACUGAGACCCUCAGUAUAGCUUGAAGACGCUCAUCAGUAAGUUUGGUUCUAAAUUUUGACUUGUUAAAGUUCUUAGUGGAAAAGAGCUUUUCACACAGAUAGGUACUCCCAAAAAGGCACAUGAUCCGUCUGAGCAACUUGUAAAUCUCAGGGAAGGUGCAGGGCAACUCUCUCAUAUAUUGUCCACGCUAGACAUUUUUUUUUAUUCACCUCUAUGAACUUAGCCAAAUUAUUGCGUAAUCUCUAACGUAUGAAGUAUAUAGUGCCCGAUUGUUUAAAAAAAAAAGUAAUAUGUGACCCUCCACGAUGGUUUCUAUCCCAUGUCACCAAAGCUAGUCAGUCCCCCGCUAAUGUUGAAAAGAUGGUUGGUAACUCUGUCCAUUCGGCUGAUAUUUAAUCAACAAAUAUUUUUUCUACAGUUUUUGUUUCAUCAAAGAAAUCGACAUGAAUUUUGGUUAAGGCAAUAACAAAUCUGUGUAAUACUUGUUCCAAAAAUUAGGCCAGCAAGACAUUAAAACUCGAAUAUUGAGCAUCGCGUCACCCCUAUAAUCCACAAGUCGACCUGGACGUCACAUUGCGUAUUAUUGUUAACGAUAUUAUAUCGUUAGCAAGAAAAUGAAAUUCCCGGUGAUCUAAAGUAAAAUUAUUCAUCUAAGAAAUGCGAUGAGAAUAAUGAGGCUCUGAUAAACAAAGAUGAAAAAACAUAAAAUAAAAAUAACAAUGAUGGGGAUUCCCACUAGCAAUUUUAGAACUAAAAUGUGUUCGAACAUAAGGCAGGAGCAUGCAAUAUUUAUGUGUUCAAACAGAAGGCAGGAGCAUGUAAUAUGUAUGUGUUCAAACAGAAGCCAGGAGCAUGUAAUAUUUAUGUGUUCAAAGAGAAGGCAGGAGCAUGUAAUAUUUAUGUGUUCAAAGAGAAGGCAGGAGCAUGCAAUAUUUAUGUGUUCAAAGAGAAGGCAGGAGCAUGCAAUAUUUAUGAGUUCGAACAGAAGGCAGCAGCAUGCAAUAUAUAUGUGUUCAAACAGAAGGCAGGACCAAGCAAUAUUUAUGUAUUCGAACAGAAGGCAGCAGCAGGCAAUAUUUAUGAACUAUUGAUGCGAAUGAAGAUGCCAUUGUAGAGAGAAUGAAUUGUAAUUUUUUAAUUGACUAUCCCUAUUUUGAAAGUGACCAGGCUGGCAGAUUCGGAAUUUCCCUCACUCAUGUCUUAUACACACGAGUGGCAAUUUUUAUAGGGAUUCUUGAUACUGUGUCAGAUUUCUGAAUUAGAAUUAGACUAGUCCGUAAGAUUGACUGAAACCUUCGCGGAGUGUCACGUUAUAGAAUUGAGACUGGGGGAAAUGCGUGGGCCGCAUUAACACUACUGUUUGCUUUCAGGUAUCGGGACACAAUAUUUCGUCUGGCGGGCCUCAAAUGUCCCAUGGGUCGCGAGUUUGAGACCCCCUGAUCUACAGUCGACAGUGUUUACGAAUUGUCAGGCCAGAGUCCCGUUAGAAAUAGAUAAACACCUUCAUCGCCACACAGCCGAUGAAGUCCCAGCGCCCCCCUUACCCACACAAACAAAUUUAAAAAAAAAACUACACACACACACACCAUGUAUUAUAUGUAUAAACUUGUGGGCACAUUGUACCGUGAUUUAUAAAGUACCACAUUUUACAAAGUGCUUAAACCUUAAAAUUUUUAGAUUAAUGUUUAUUACUUAUUAUGAACCGUUAAAAUACUUUUGGAGUAUAAUCCGUACAAUUAAAAAAAUAAUCUACACUAUUUACAAAUUAUCUAUACUAUUGCAAAAUAAUCUGUCAGCAUCCCUCAAAAAAAUCCUUUAAUUAAAAGCUUGUUCUAGUCUCCUGAUUGUCUUGAUUGGCAGGAAUGAGCAGUUCCCGAACUGUAUUCUUGCUGUUUUGGGCCGGAACUCCCUGUCAUAAGAAAUGGACGAAUUUCUGUUUAAUACUGCACCAGUGUAUCUUAUAGCUUCCCCACAGAUUGAUCAAAUAAACUAUUUAUAGAAUCGGACAUUUUCUUGGAAUUUUCUUAUACUAAUUGGAUUUAAUAAUCUGAUACUUGUGGCUACAGUACUAGAGCCCAUUAAUGGCUCUGACUUGGUUAAUAAUAUUCUCCAAUUCACAGGGAUGUAUGGUUUGUCAUCUUUAUGCACGGAGCCCCAGCUGAUAGUAGAUAGGACUAUACGUCAUCAAUCAUUGUCUUUCUCGGUCUACUGAAGGGCUAUCUGGUCUACCCUGAAGGACCAUCUGGUCUACCCUGAAGAGCCAUGUGCAUGUUGGUUUUUAUCUGUAAACAGCUUUUGUCCUUCAUCGUCACUGAGGCGGGCCAGUGCUCCUAUCCUAUGCAUUCUCGUUAUAGUCCAGGUCGCGAUCCACAAAUCAUGCCUUUGCGCAGUUUAGCUUACGUUUAAUUUUUAUGUCAAUGUGUGUUUACCCCUGCUUACAACCUGUGGUGGGGUCACGGCGAUGGAAGGUGCCCCUUACUUCUCUCGGGGUUGCGUCUUUGUUUCCGGGUCAGGUGACUUAGGUCCCUAGAUUAUGGCAACCGUGUAGUGACGACAGUUGCUGACGUGGUCCAUCCUGGUCAUUUCAUUUUUGCGGUAACCUCCAUACAUGGGGAGGGGGGACUGGGGGCAUUCCCCUUUCAGCCACCAGGGUAGGCACCCAAUUAGAAGUACGAGAAGAAAAUGUGCACAAAAAUGCUCACAACACUAUUGUAAUCGUUUAAAAUUGUUUGUUUUCAAAAGACACACAAAAAUCCAAUAAGUCCCAAAAUGUUCAUGAUUAUGCUACCCUUUUAACAUUCCAAGAAUCAAGCAGGGGUUGAUUCCAUUAUUGCAUGGCUGGUCCAUUUUGUUGGUGUAAAAGCUUAAAGAAUAAAACACAAAAAGAGAUUCACCUUUCUAUUUAAUAUUAUUAGGAUUUUGAAUUAGCCCUUGAUUGCUUUACGUCUGUAAGUAUUUCGUAGUUGUUUUUUUUUUUGCUUUCUGGCAGCUGAACACAUGUCUCGACAGGUCUUGCUCGCUUCCAUGUUUAUCUUGAUUUUUUAAAUAUUAUUUUUGCAUAGUUUGAAUUAUGAGGUAGGAAAGACCGACGUCAGCCAGAAUGAUUGACUGACAGACAUAUAGAUGGAUUGAUAAAUGGAUGGAUGGAUAAAUGGAUGGAUGGAUAAAUGGAUGGAUGGGUGGAUGGAUGUUAAUAUUUGUAAAAGGGAAGUAGCCAUUAUCUGUCAACGAAUUUACGGUGCUAUACACAGCAUUAAACAGGCAUUUAAAAUGUUUCUUUUGAAUAUUUUCUCACUUCAGUUUCAGGGACAUUCGAGAAUGUUCCAGACGACCCUUUUUUACCUGGCAGUGGCCGUCUCUACUCUCUUUGGGGUCAAAGGUCAGAGUAUUAGUGAUCCUACAGAGAUCCAGUCAUUUCUGGACAAUUUUAACAGCCAGGCACAGGCUGUCUUCUACAAACAAUCGGAAGUUUCUUGGACAUAUUACACGAACAUUACAGACUACAACCAGAAGCUCAUGGUAAGUCUAAAAAAAAUUUAGUUAUAAAAGCUCAUCAUAUCAAGUACAUCUAGCAAACAUUUGUUAUAGUCUAUUAAAUCUUAAUUCAAAUGUCAUUCGAUGUCAUCAUUUUCAUCAUAAAAAUUUACGUCGUAAAUCUGGAACACACGCUAAGUGAGAACAUUUUAAAGCAAUUUUAUAUUUUCAGAAUAUUUACAAAUUUUCUUCUUCUAAAAGCGUUCUUAAACCCUAAGAUGGUGUUAUCAAGUGUUCCAAGCGUUACAAAAAAAAAAAAAAAAAAAAAAAAAAUUUAAUUUUUUUUUUUAAAAGCGUUUUUAAAACCAAAAAUGGUGUUAUAAAGUGUUCCAAGCGUUAAAAAAAAAAAAAAAAAAAAAAAAAAAGAGUUAACUUUUCUAUAAUAUAUGCCGGCCUUUAAACAAUAGUCAUACAGAGUCCUACACUGUUUUUUUCAUUAAUAUAAUAUCAUCCCCGAUGAUAUCAACAACCGUAUCGCAUGACCCUAGCUCCUUGAUAUUUUUUUUUUAAUUAAUUUUUUUCACUCAGUACUAUUAAUAUAAAAGGUAUUGAGUUUGGGGAGGGCGAGUUGAGGGAUGGAAGCAGCCACAUCAGAAGCAAAAAAUUUAUUUAACAUUUAUUUUAUGAAAAAUAACGUUUCUUUUUAUGAGUAUUUGUGCAGUUCCGAUCGAAUUAUUAAAAAGAUAUUUCUAACAAAAUUUGGAAAAUGGCAGAAAAUAAAUGUAUAUACUGAAAGUACACCGCAUGGGGUUUUCUAAUUCUCUUGUGAAAUAUUUUAAUUAUAAGAUUGAUUUAAUACCUUGAUCUGUAAUUUGUAUUUCUCAGCUGGACGAACAGCUUAUGUCCGCCAAGUUCUCCCAGGAAGCCUAUAGAAAUGCUACAAGGUUUAACCUGACCGUGAUGACCCAAGAGGACAGGAGACUUUUUAUUAAGAUCAUGGACAUUGGAACAGCUGCACAAACCAAUGAAACCAAACUGGCCUAUGUGAGAAAAUGUUAAAAGCCUUGUUUAUAAUGAUAACUUGUAUUCUAGUUUAUAACUCGUGUCGAGUCUGAAGGUGACAUUUCUUUCCGACAUCGUCUGCAUCCUUCAAAAUGACGUAAUCUGUACGUCACAUGGUGUAAUGACAUGUGACCCGUCAACGUUUGACCCUCUCUCAAAAUGUGCCCCGUAAAGACGUAAGAGUUGGUCAUCCCUGCACUAACACCCCCCACCCCCUUCCAUAACUGUGCAUCGUCAUCUCUAUCUCUCUUCUCUUUCCCCUAAAACACAGUAUCUAGAUCUGAAGCCUGACUCGAUUGUUGACGAAUAAUGCUAACAAAAUAUGUUUUAGAAAUUUAAAAAAAAUCUCUACUUCAGAUACUAAGCUUUAUUAAAAUUCUUCUAAACUUGAGAGGAAUUAAAGAGGUCUUCUUCUUUUUAGCCUUUCUCACUCGCAAUGGAGCAUAAGCCAUCAAUAAUAAGAGUUUCAGCAUUCUCACCACCUCAGUCACUAAUCCGCUCUUCUAUGUGUUUCUUGGUCUUCCUCUUUUCUUGGUACCUAUGGGAUUUCAAUUCAGAAACCUGUCUUGUGAUGUUAGUGUGUGGUUUCCAUAAUGUGUUUCCUAUCCAUCUCCAUUUUCUCUUUCAUAUCGCCGUUUACACUUGAACACUUUAUGUUCUCUUCCAAACGACUGGGUUACAAUUUUUUUAACCCUUUUUAUUUUGAGGAUCCUUCGCAAGCAUUUGAGGAUAAGAACCGACUGUUUUUAAUUUUUGUUUUUGUUGUUGUCCAAGUUUAACAGACAUACAGCAAAGUUCCAUGAAAUUUUAAUUGAAUAUAUUUAACUUUGCAUUUGUCAGUAUUUCACUAGAGUUCCAGAUAUUUUCGAGGGCAUUGAAUGCUCCUCUGACCUUUUUGACCCUAGACUUUAAGUUCUCGCCUGUGCCCCCAAUAAUGAUUCCAAGGUAUGUAAAAGUUUUAACUUCUUCAAGAGACGCUUCUCUCAAGUUAAUCCCAAUGACCCCCAUCAUCUGCUGCAUUUGUUCUUAAGGUUUGGUUUUCUCUUUAUUUAUGCUGUACAAGUAGUUUGGAAACAGAGUCAAGUUUUGUUGUUUUCUCCUGCAUUUAUUUAUGGCUAUGUACUUAAAGCGCAAUGUCAUAUGCAAAAAUUACACUCCUACAGCUGUCUGAAAUGUGUCCACUGGAUUCGAUUUUUCCCAUCCCGUGUUGUCUCUCGUGAUUCAGUCGAUAGAUCACAAAAAGAGGAAUAAUGCGAGCAGGCAUCUCUGUCGUACUUAAGAUUCUAUUAUAUAUUGGUUGGUGAUUUCACCUUCGUGAAAAAGCCCUGCAAUUCACAUCUUUGUAUGUGUUUUUAAUUAAGCUUGUUAGCUUUUGAGGAAUAUUAGAAUGUCCUAGAGGUUUCUAUAGUUUGUCUCUGUCUAAGCUAUCAAAUAUUUUUGAAGUCGACAAAGUUUAGGUACAAUGAUGCAUUCCACUCGAAUCACUGUUCCAUGAUUAUGUGUAGGUUUGGAAUGUGGUCAAUACAUGAUAUGUUUUCUCCUAAACCAGUCUUUUCACCUCUUAGUUUGGAGGCUAUGGCUGCUUUUAUUCUCUGCAGAAUAAUUCUAUUUAGUAUUUUUCCUGGUACAGAAAGCAGCAUUAUUCCUCUAUAGUUUCCACACUCUUGGAGAUCUCUUUUGUUUAGAAGUUUGACAAAGUAUCCUUCCCUUCACUCCAUGGGUAUCUCUUCUUGUCCCAGAUAGUCACAAUUAGCUGGUGAAAUUUGCCUGAUGACAGUUCCAGGUCAAUCUUUAGAACUUCUGCAGUUAUUUCAUCAGGGCUCACAGCCUUUCCAAUUGUCAAAAAGUUUGAUCACAGUUUUAAUUUCUGUUCCGUUGGGUCCAUCGCAAAUAACAAGGAGAUCCUCUUUUGCAGGGAGAAUUUGAUUUCAUUCUCGUGGGUCUGGCCUGUUUAUUAGUUGUUUGAAAUAUUCUUCCCAUUUUUUCUGUUGUUAUACUUUGUUGGUAAGUUUUUCCCAAUUCGUCUUUGAUUGGAUUUCUUUUUUGAUGAAACGUUCAUCUUUGUUGCAUUGUACAGGUAAUUUAGGUUACCAUUUGAUGCAGCCUCUUUAGUCUUCUUGGCAAUGUCAUCAAUGAAUGUCUUUUUAUCUUUCCUGAAAUCUUUUAGUGUCUGUAUUGGCAUUUGUCCAGGUAUCAAAAGUAGACAUAUUUGCUGCUCUUGUUUCGCUCUCUAAAUAAAUGUGCGUCUUUAAUUUUGUCUAUUGUUUCUUUUGAGAACUACUCUUUAUGUUGAUAUUCUUUCUUCCCUAACACUUCUUCGUAUCUGCUUGUCCAAAUCAGGCUAAUAUGUUGCCUACGACCUUCUGUCUCCAUUUAUAUUCUGGAGCUGUUGCAAAGCCUCAAAUCUAUUUGAUAGAGUUAUUCCAAACUAAUGUUUCUUUCCUUGAUCUAGGAUAUUGGUGAUAUGGCGCUGUCUUUUUCUUCAGAUGGUGUUUUGUCCCCUUAGGUUUAGCAUUACUUUCGCUAUCACCAAGUUAUUGUCAAAAGAAACGACUGCCUCUCUACAAGCUCUAACAACUUGCGGUGAGGUUCUCAGCCUUUUAUUGGGUCUCUAUUGGAUCUUAUUUUGAGAAAACAUGCUUCCUCUUAUUACCAAGCGAUUAUUUGUACACUGGUUUUAAAAAAUCUCGCCAACCGUUUGUUGGUUUUGGAUGUUUUCGUAGCGCUAGCUGAGUUUAUUACAAUGAAUGGGUUGCUGGCCCAAUGCAAUAAUGGGUUGCUAGCACAGUACAAUAAAUGGGUUGCUAGCUCACUGCCAAAACUAUCGCACCAUUUGCCUCAUAGGCCAUCCAAGCAAGGUCAUGCUGAAGGUCAUAUUGAACCAACUAAAAGCAUAUGCCGACAUAAUCAUUGCUGAAGAACAGGUGAUCUUUAGACAAGGACGGGGCACUACUGAGCAGAUUCUAAACCUCCGAAUACUAUAUGAGAAAUAUGCUCAACACCAACAAAAGCUAUACCACACCUUUGUGGACUUCAAGAAAGCAUUUGACAGGGUUUGGCAUGCUGCUUUAUGGGCCACCAUGAGGCACUACAAUAUCAACAAGAAACUAAACAGAAUGAUAUGCAACCUCUAUGAUAAGGCCACUAGUGCAGUCUUCCUCAACAACAACAUUGGAGAAUGGUUCAAGGCCAUGGUUGGAGUACGACAUGGCUGCCUGCUCUCCCCCACCCUGUUCAACAUCUUCCUAGAAAGAAUUAUGUCAGAUGCUCUGGAAGUGCAUGAAGGGACAGUCAGCACUGGUGGCAGAACAAUCACCAACCUACGCUUUGCUGACGACAAAGAUGGACUGGCUGGGAACGAAGAAAAGCUAACCAACCUGGUAAAUAGUCUCGAUAAGACCUCGUCGUCCUACGGCAUGCUAAUUAGUGCCGAAAAGACAACACUGAUGACAAAUAACACUUCAGGUAUCACCACUGAAAUUAAGGUCGGGGAGAAAAGACUAGAGACUGUAGGCCGCUUCAAAUACCUAGGAGCAAUAGUCUCAGAAGAAGGCUCCGAGCCCGAACUGAUGUUUAGGAUUGCGCAGACUACAACAGCACUAAAGAGGCUCAAGAAAAUAUGGAAUGACAAAAAUAUAGCCCCCAGCACCAAAAUCAGGCUAAUGCGCUCAUUAGUCCUCUCCAUGUUCCUGUAUGCCUGCGAAUCCUGGACAUUAAUAGCCGAUCUUGAAAAGAAAAUAAAGUCGAUGGAGAUGAGAUGCUUCAGAAGCAUUUUUGGAUCUGCCUAAGGGACCAUAUCUCCAAUGAUACAGUGAAAGAAAAGGUUGGUCAGGCAAUUGGGGAGUACGAUGACCUACUGGUGACAGUGAAAAAACGCAAACUACAAUGGUACGGCCACGUAACAAGGAAACAAGGGCUUGCCAAAGAAAUAUUGUAGGGCACCAUAAGAGGAGGGAGAAGAAGAGGAAGACCAAGAAAAAGAUGGGAGGAUAACAUCAAAGAGUGGACAGGACUAACACUGAGCGAUGCUGUGCGUACUUCAGAAGACAGAGACGAAUGGUGGAGGAUAGUUCAAAUGUCAUCUGUGGAGCCCCAACGUUCCAAGGACUAAGGGACUCGAUGAUGAUGAUGAUGAGCUCACUUCAAAACCUGAUACAAUAAGUCAAGGACUGGGUUGCUAGCCCAAUGCACAGCAUGAUAAUACGAUGCUAUAAGUCACCUCGUACCACGUGCGUGGUUUGCAGUCACUUAAUCUACUUCUAUAUCAGGUCCCUUUACUUGCACGCAGGGAGAAUUAAAGAAGUAUUUCAUGAAUUAAUUAGGUAUUUCAUUGAAUAAUUUGUUUUUCAUCAAAUAAACACGCAUUUCAACAAUUAAAGAGGUAUUUCAUCAAUUAAAGAGGUAUUUCAUCAAUUAAAGAGGUAUUUCAUCAAUUAAAGAGGUAUUUCAUCAAUUAAGAAGUUUCUUACUUCAUCAUUGAAAUAGGUCUUUCUUCAGUUAAAGGGAAUUUUCGUCGUCAAUUAACUAGGUAUUUCAUGAAUUAAAGAGCCCUUUCAUCAAUUAAAGAGGGUUAAAUUCGAGGAAUAUGAUUUUAAAUUUUAUUAUGAUCUUAUUUUCAUCUCAGCUAAACAAGGUCCAGAGUGAUAUGGAGACUAUUUAUAGCACUGCUAAGGUCACUAUGCCUUCUGGUCAACGGUUACCUCUAGAUCCAGGUGAGAUAAUUAAGGAAGCAAAAUAGAGUGAAAGGAUUAUAAGAAGAUAGAAACUAUGAUAUUGACUUCGCUUUUUUUCCGUGUUUCUGGCUGCGUGGCAAAAUCUUCGGACGGCUAAUUGACCAAAAUCCCGCCAAGCUGAAAAUGACAUAGACUUGUUGACGACGACUAAACAUUGCAUCAAACUUGCAGCCCCCCCCCACCCCACCCCACCAAAAAAAAAAAUUAUCCUGUUUUUUUCAAUGGGGAAGUUGGAGGAAAUAUGAUGACACAGAAAUCACAAAAUAAAUAUCCCGAUAAUUACGCUAAAAGAGAAUCGUUUAAAAAUAUAUCGCAACUGUGUUUGGGUGUAAAAUGUUUUCCUUUGUUUUUGUGAAAUUUGUGUAAUAAAUCCGCGGUGUAAAAUGUGGUAAAAUAUUAGAAUUUUAAUGUAUCAUUAAAGUGUUUUUCAAAUGCAUAUACAUGAUUUAUACGAGAAACUCUUUUUGAAAGGGUUUGUUUAAGUAUACGAUAAACGCAUUUUCACUCAGCACAUUUUUCUUUAAAUUAGAUAAUUAUUUCUAUUUUUUUAUGAUUGAAAUGAUAAAUGUUCAACAUCUCAAAAACUCUAGCUUUUAAAAAUCAAAUGGGUGAAUAUACCUAGAAACAAGUCUAGUAUUGAGGAUACAAAUUUAUGUCGGUCAGUGUUAUUUUUAAAAAUCAAUUUUCCCUUUAAGGAUUAUUUAAACAAAUCAAUGUUCUAUCAGAUCUCACUCAACUUAUGGCUACGUCACGGAACUACGAUGAACUUCUGGCCGCGUGGUUAGGGUGGAGAGCUGAAUCUGGCGGCAAGAUGAAAAACUUGUAUGCCGAAUAUGUGGAAUAUAACAACGAAGCUGUGAAAAUACUUGGUGAGUUUUCAAAUUUUUGGACAAUUAAAUAAUAAUUUAUUUGUUUAUGCAUAGUUAGCUUUUAAAUUGUGGGACCGUUGAAAUAUCAUUUAUUUGAACACAUAUAAACACUAGCGAGAAACCGGCACGCUGCGCAACGCCACUCAAAGAUAACAUUGUUUGUGCUUUAAUAACGUUUUUGAUUUUUUUUCUUUUAAAGAAAACAUUUUUUUUUUCCGUUUGGUGCGUACACAAAUUGACACAUGAGCAGGCAAAAUUCGUGAGAAGCAUGGAUUUUGAAAAUUUUGUUCACCAACUUGUAGCCCUUGAUCCGUCCAUGCAGUAGUUCUGUUUGAAAAUAUUUUUAGGCCUUUAUAGCAAACAUAAAAAUAAAUUUAAAACACUAAGUCCACGUACAAACUGAAAUGUCUCUAUGUUGAUUAGAUUAAAUUCAAUCCACCCAUGCAAUAGCGCUUUUUGAAAUUAUAUUUAUUGCCUUGUGCAAAAUGAAAAUAUUGUAUUACUAAACGACUCCCUCCCCCCCUCCCCCCCUUUUCCCAACCACAAAGAUUGUUUUUAAAUUCAAAAAAAUCCCCCACCGGGAUGUAAUCCCCUUAUUCAUACACAAACUAAUUUUUUUUUUGCAUUUUAUGUGCUUUGCAUUUACUUGGAUGAGUUAUAACUUCUUUAGUGAGUGUUAUUUGGCUAUGUAGUUUCGCUAUGCUGAUUAAAUUAAACGGCAUUUUCUUUUUAAAAGUAUAUUUUAACCGUAAAGUUUUUACUAAUUUAUACCUUUCAUAAAAGUACAUAUUUGGAAUGAAUCAAAAGCAAAAACUCAUUAAAUGCUAAAAAUACAAAGCUAAAUUUGUAUAAAUUUUUAGAAAAUUUUAGCAUUUUAAAAAGCAAUCAGUUAUAUUUAUUAAUUUUACUUUUAAGAGGGGGGAAAUGCUUUAUUAAUAUUUUUACGCGCGGUUGUUAAAUUGGACAUGUUUUAGUUUUGGCUAAAUAGGCAUUUCGCGCUACCACGUAAUUUAUGUGAUUAUUAAGAACACAUUAAUUUUAAUUUUAUUUCGCAAUAUUAACAACGCACUAAAAGCAUCUGAUGUUUGGGUUUUCCGCAAUGAAUGUGAUUAUGGUGUAAUUCGUUGAUCAUAAUGUUUUUAUUUUAAAAUUUAAAAAAAAUAUUUUUUCAUAACUUUUUAACACAUGAAAUACUUUAAAAUAUCCUUAGUUGAUACUUUAAAUGUAUUUGUAGUACAUAAUAAUAAUUAUUUUUUUUUCUAAACUAAAAGCGGAAUUAUAAUAUAUUUUGCGCAUUUAAAUUGAUUCGAUUUCCGUAAAAUAAUCGAACAUAACUGUGAUUGUUUUUAAGAAUCCAAACGUAUUUAAUUAAAUUAUGUUCGUUUCUUUGGCGUUACGGUCAGCAUUACUCAUUAUAUAUAUAUAUAUAUAUAUAUUACAUGGAAGAUAGGCAUACAUUUUUACUGUGCUGCUUUCAACAAGAUCAAUUUAACAUGCCAUUUCAUCACAUGAAAUGCUUGUUUAAGAUGAUUUACCGAAACAAUACAAUGAGUUGGUAAAAUUUAACUGGUUCAUCUAGUUAACGCGGAGGACAUGUUAACACUAUAAUAAAUUAACUACCAAAAAUAUAUGUUCAACUAAAUUAUCAUUUACAAAAAUUAAUCUCACUAUUUUGCAUGGGGAAUGGUGUGGCAAAAUGUGUAUUUUCUCAUACAUUUUGAAAUUUAUGAAAUUGUAUUUUAUUUUAAAAAGGUCACGCGGACACUGGUGCCUACUGGCGAUCUUGGUACGACACACCGACCUUUGAGGAUGACGUCAGAGCAUUGUUUGACCAGCUCCGUCCAUUGUAUGAACAGCUCCAUGCCUACGCCAGGAGAAAACUCAAACAAAUCUACGGGAAUGACAAGUUUCCAUCUUCUGGUCACAUCCCAGCCCAUCUUCUAGGUAAGUGAUAUACAUGAUCACUUUAUCAGUUUAUUCAACUUCUGGUUACGUCUUCUAGAUGAAAUUAUUAAUUUUAGACUUUUUGUACAAAGCAGUUGUGUUGCUUCUGUCAAAUAUUUAUGGCAAGACGAAGAUACACAAAGUUACCAAAGUUACCAACAGUUCAUACUUUGAAACUCCGGAGCUGAUAUAAGGAAGAACAUAUGAAUGCCCUGGUAUGGCAUAUGUGUAUGUGUAAUUUUAACGUUGCGGCAAACACCACCUGUCUCCCCUUUUUGUUUUGAUAUUGACGUCACAGAUAAUCUUCCGUGCCACUUCUUCUCCCCUUCUCUCCCUGGAUUGUGAAAAGGUUUUUUUUGGACGUUCCAAUACGUUUUAUUUGUUACCAAGAACGCUAUCAGGGGACGGAAUUUCUAUAAUUUCUUCUCUAGAAGUUUUGAUUAAAUCCCCUUUUUUAGUCGGGGAAGUUUUCGUAGCCGGAAGAGAGAUUUAUGCUAAUUGUCAAAUAUAAUUGUUAAUUUAAUUAUUUGUUGAUACAAGAAGAAGGGCUAGGAUAGAGAGUAAAUCUCACGGAGAGGGAUCGACUCCUGAAAUAAUAGGAGCAUUGGAGAGGGGGUGCGUUGACUUUAAGACCUUUCUUCUUCAUACCUCCCACAUCUGGACCAUCUUAUGGGGGCGCCAGUUGACAUAUGUGCAAAUAAUACUUUUAGACGUCAUCGUGUUCAAAUAAUCGAGAAACUGUUUUAGCUUUGAUAUAAAACGUAAAAACAUAUCAAAUUGUAUUAAUGAAAUUAGCCACUUUAUGUCAUUCACUCGGACAAUACUUCUUGUUAUCAGGAAACAUGUGGGCUCAGCAGUGGAGUUCACUCAUCGAUGAAUUGACCCCUUACAAAGGUAAACCUACUCUUGACGUCACGGAUGAAAUGGUUAGACAGGUGAGACAUUUAUUAUAAUCAUGUCAUUCUAUUAUGUCUCAUUUAAUGUUGUCUAGAAAACAACAGCAGGAAUAACUAUUUUUUAAGUUUUUUCUUAUAUGUUCUCUUAUAAUAUUCUUAAAGCAGAGAAGGUUGUGGUUAAUGUUGAUCGGGAAGAAAAAAUUUAGUUUUACAUAUUUUUUUGUCUUUUUUUUCACAGAACUACACGGCAAUAAGGAUAUUUCAGACAGCAGACGAUUUCUUCAAGUCUCUCGGAAUGAUACCAAUGCCAGACACAUUCUGGGACAAAUCCCUUUUGGAGAAACCUCAAGAUGGCCGAGAAGUUGUGUGUCAUGCAUCAGCCUGGGACUUUUAUAACGGGAGAGAUUUCAGGUAAAAUUAGAAUAAUUUAUAUUUAAGUUUUAAGAAUAAAGAAAAGUUUAAUUAUUUUAAGGAUGCAAUUUAAACAUUUUAAAGGUUACACUAUGUUCAAGAUAUUUGUUAAAUUCUUGUUUAAAUUUUAAUAGUAUUUUAAUAUUUGAUUAAAACUAACCAUUAUGACUCAUCAACUAUCAUUGUCUAAUGUCGUUACUUAAUCUAAACAACAGUUUUAUUAUUUAAUGUGUAACCAAGCAGAAUUCAUUUGGGUAUUCCUAAGUGAAAUGAAAAUGAAUGAAUUUACAUCUACGCUACAAAAAAGCAGUGACUGGUUUUUUCGGGAAUUAUUAUUGAAACAACUUUACUUGGCAUGACAUAAAGAUACUGGAAAUAACCGAUGCAAUUGUACUUUGGGAUUACUGUACUUGUCAUUAUUGUUCUGGGCAUUACUGCAUUUAAAAUGGCAGUCCUUUGGUUAACUGUCACUGAAAUCGUUUCCAUGGUAUAAAUGUAACUGUAUACGUCCGAGUUUGUAAAAACUGAACUUUUAUUAAUAUUUUAAAGAAUAUUAUACUUGUGAAGUUUGCCGUCAUACUUGCGAAGUCGUCCGUUAUUCUUGUGAAGUCUUCCGUUAUACUUGUGAAGUCUGCCCUUUACACUUGUGAAGUCUGCCGUCUUUCAAAAAUAUAGAAUCAAGCAGUGCACAGUGAUAACAGCGGAGGACCUGGAGACAGCCCACCAUGAGAUGGGUCAUAUCGAAUACUUCCUGCAGUACAAAGACCAGCCGGUCAGCUUCAGAGAUGGAGCCAACCCUGGUGUGUGCAUGUUUGUAUAACAUUCAAUAUAACUCUUUACUUCAUAGAUGAGUGGGUCAGGUUGGAGUGUGCAUUAAGCCUUGAAUUUCAAAAUGCAGUGAACGAGACGUAGCUAAUUUGAGGAUUGUGUUGUGUACAUUCACAUUUGUUUACUAUCUGCUGUUUCCGGUACACUAACUCUAAUUCUUCUGAAUUUGGGGUGGGUUCUGCCUUAACAACAAAUUUCAUUGCAUCAUUUCCUCUGAUUGCGUCUUAUCUAUUUUUACCUCCCUACUAUUUAUAUGUAUAUUGUUCGUAAAUAUUCACUAAAUUAAUCUUAGUUAGACCAAUCGCUUCAGACAUUACGCCCGCUUUAAUACAACACAUGUAAUGAACAUAUAAGUGACUACAGUUCAUACAAAUAGUCAAUUUACUAUGUCAACCAGCAACAGAGAUUUUACACAUUCGAUUAUCUGAUUUCCCUUUAACCUAUAUCAUGAUAUGAAUUCGAAUAUUUUUUUAUCUAAUGGAGCUCAUGAUACCAGGGCACACUGUCUGAAUGAUAAUACAUAUUUGAAGAUGGUGUAUCUAAUAGAGCCCAGGAUACCCGGAAGGCACUGUCUGAAUGAUGAUACAUUUUUAAGAUGUUGUAUCUGAUGGAGUCUGAAAAUUUUACUUUGUGCUCUUGUUUAGAAAUAUUUAUAUAAAUAGACCACAGUCUCUCUGCAUGCAGCUAGAUGAGAACAAGUCGAUCAGAUGACAGACCCAAGUGAACGUCCAAUGAAACUACUUCACGGUUGAUCAACAAAAGGAACUUGCAUGCAUAGAACUAUUUCUUUAACAAAGACCUCCUUCCCCCUGAUUUCAGGAUCAAGCAAUGCACGGACAUAACUCAACACGACAUUGUUGUCGCUCAUCACGAGAUGGGUCACGUGGUGUACUAUAUUCUAACAAGCCAUCAACCAGUCAAGUUCAGGGACGGUGCCAAUCCUGGUUUGACCUGCACACAAUUCAUUAGAUUUGAAUGUAGACUUCUAGACUCACGCACUUUUUUUUUAAUGUCAAUGCAUAGUCGUUUAGAGGCUUGGAAUGUAAUUGUUUCGUUUUGACACAUCGCAAUCUACGUAUGCAGGCAAAACCAUGCCAUAGAUUUGAAAGACGUUUUGUUAGUUGUUUCCUGUCUUCAAUUAUAAUUGGAUCAAUUAAAUAUUAAAUAUUUUUUUAUCAUUCCCUAGGAGACCAUGGUUUCAUUUUUUUUUAAACAAAACUAUAUACUGCACAAUGGGAUCCCAGUUUUAUUUAGUGGAAGUCAAGUUCUCUCAUAAUUAAUGAGAAGACAGAUUAAAGAUGAGCUCAGUGAGGUGGCUCAUUCCAAAUCCCACCCUACUAACCUCAGCAUAGGUCUACUUACUUAUUAUAAUCGUAACAUUUAAACGCCAUGUUCGAUUGUUCUGUUGAAAUGUUAUGUUGAAAUUCAGCUUCAAAUUACUCAAAUAAAUAACAGUAAGUUAUUUUGCUGCCCCCCCCCCCCCACCCCCCCCCCCCCCCCCCCCNAGAGCAAACAAAACAUCGACCUCAUUAGAUUGAUGUCUACAUUUGGACGACAUACUUUAACUUUUAUGACACAUCUUGAUGACCACAACUUGACGACCUCUCGACGACCACAAUUCGACGACACAUCUUGAUGACGGCACACUGACGACACGCUCUCAUGACCCCACUGCGCAUGUCAUUAGGGUUCUCAAAAACAGGUUCAUAUCCUAGGAAGAGCGCUUGCUGCCUCCUUGAAAAAAAAAUCAGGAAGUCUUCUUAGCCAAGUUUUAAACAGAAAUGUCUAACUCGAGCUGCACAAAUUAGGCUCGUACGAAACAAAUGAAAGCAUGCAGCACCUUGUGGACUUUACGUUCCUGUUCACAAAAUUCCAUCCAAUCGCAUUGCUUGAGGCCAUCACAUUUAAUAUUAGACACAAAGGUUUAAUGUUUAUUUCUACUAGUGAAAUUACUUAUUGUAUGUUGCAAAUCUCGACAUGGUUAUCCAUUGCAUCUUCAAAGAAUAACGAAUUUUAAAAUAACGGAUCAAAUGAUGCAUAGACAAUGACAAUAUUGUUUGAGCCAACGUGUGUAAUGUAAAUUUUAAUGAUGUGAAAUUUGUGUCGGAAAUCUAUAAAUGUGAUCGUUCCAUUAAUGUAUCGUAAAAAAAAUGGAGGUCUUAAUUUAGAUUUUGAGUCCGAAAUCUUAAUAACUGACUUUUCAUGUAAACAAAUAAAAUAUACGGACGUAAUGUUUGCAUUGUAGGAUUGGAAAAAGAUAUGACAACGUGGGGUGGAUCUCUCAUUAAAUAUAAGGCCCCAAUGAUGUCACAGAGCUGUUCGGCGAAAAGAAAAUAUUCAUCCACUAUUGUGUAGCAUAAUAACAUCUACAGUUAUUUCACACUAUUUCUACAAAUACAUAAUUUGAUAGAAAAAAUUGGAAGCACCCUUGAACAAAUCUUUAAUUGUAUUUAGCUAUGGCUGUGAGCGUGUGUGGGUGUGCUGAUGUGUGCGUUUGUUAGUGUCUGCAUGUGUUUGUGUUGAAGUGUGCGUGUUUUGGUGUGCCAUGAAAGGGUUUAUUUUAAAUGUGACUGGACGGCAUUGUUCAUAAUUUUAAGGAUUGUUGUUACCAUUGGUUACUGGGUACGACUGUCAAGCUCAACAAUAAUUCAUAUUUGAUUCAAUUCUUAAAUAGGAUUUCAUGAAGCUGUCGGUGACGUCAUCUCUCUUUCAGUGCAAACCCCAGAGCACAUGCACUCCAUAGGUCUCAUUCCAACUGUUAGCAAUGACACGGGUAAGUAAGUCUGAGAUAAUUGAUAUUUUAAAAAAACUUUUCUUUGAUGGCAGGGUUGCUGUACACGCUGUUUUCAAACGUACUUGUAAUAAAGAGAUUACACAUUUUAAAUAAUUUUCGAACAUCCUAAAAAUGGGAACGCACUACCAUUAUACAUGUGUAAGAACUGUUUGAACACUAUGUAUAGCUUCUAUGGAUGUGUUGCUACUUCUGUUGUCUCGUGACUUUUGCGGUGUUCAUCGCAAUUCCACUUCAGUAUUCUGAGUGUGAGAAGAAAGAAAAUGCGCAUUAACUUUUCCCCUGCUAUUGACAACAUAGAUAGGCCCCUGGAAACUUUAAAAAAUAUCUAACUUAACUAGCUGGGACCCUCUAUGAGGACAACUUGUAAUCAUGAGAAGCAUCUCAACUUACCUAGGUCUGCUCCUCUUUAUGGAAUAUUUGGAAUCAUUAGAAGCUACUCAACUUAACUUGAUUUGAUCCUCUUUAUGGACUGCAUGAAAUAAUUAGAAUCUAUCAAACUCAACUAGGUUUGCCCAUCUUUAUUGAAGCCCUGGAAACAUGAGACGCUAAUCAGCUUAAUUAAGAUUAACCCUCUAUAUGGACCCCUGGAAUCAUUAGAAACUACCCAUCUUAACUAAUUUUGACCCUCCAAAUGGUCACUUGGAAAAGUUAGAAGCUUCCCAAUUUAACCAGGUUUGCCCUUUGGCCCUCGGAGUCUAAAAUAAUGACCCUUGGCUACUUACAAAAAUACUUACUUAAUCUUCACAAUAAUUUCGACUACAGUAAAAAAGAAAAAAAAAAAAAACUUCUUGACAUUUUUCGAUAUCUAGAAUCUGACAUCAAUUUCCUGAUGAGCAUGGCCCUACAGAAAAUUGCUUUUCUUCCCUUUGGUUACCUGAUCGAUCAAUGGCGCUGGAGUGUGUUUAGAGGUGAAACCACACCUGAAAAGUACAAUGAGGAAUGGUGGAACCUCAGGUAUCACGUAAAACUAUUAGCAUGUUAUUACACAUUUAACAAAUAAAUAUUUAAUAUAAAACGGGAGAAAGAAAACGUAUUUUACGGUAGAAAUUAUAAAUGAAAAGACUGCUUUCAAGCUUAGUAAAAAAAUGAAAUAGCGAAACGAGGUAUGUGGAAGCUUGAAAUAAAAUGACAGGACAAAAAACAAGGACGUUUCGGCAUAAAGCCUUCCUCAGCCAACAAUAAAAAUGAAAAUAUAACAAAGAAAAGAGCACAGUAGACAACUUAAGCAGUAUUCAUUCGUGUCUCCGGAAGUGGGAAAACAGGAAGCGAUAGAAUAUAAAUAUUGACACUGUGAAAAAUUGAGUCCACAAUAAUAAUGGACCAGAAUAUCCAGGGAUACAUCAACAAACAGCAAUAAGAAAAUAGAUGAAAUAUAGGGAAACAGAGAAAGAUCAGUAGGAUAUUAUUUGAUUAUCUGAUUGUCUUUAGACGGGACAGAAAUCUAGGUGAUCUUCUGGGCCAUAGUCGCCUUCGAUGUGAACCGUCUUACGUUGGUACUAAACCAUGCUUAAGAGGCCGCUGCAGAACUUGUCCCUUUACACUCCAAACUGAAAGUAUUGGCCUCCCUAAAGGUACCUUUAUCAUUAAAGAGGGUUUCACCUGUGUCAGCAGAAAUGUAAUAUAUGCAAUUGUUUGCCGUAGAUGCCAAUCUAGUUACAUAGGGGAGACUGGGAGAAGAUUGGCUGAUAGGUUUACUGAACAUCUAAGGGAUAUUGAGCAAUGUAAACCUUCCCCGGUCUCUUCUCAUUUCAACCAAAAAGAACAUAAAGGUGCAUUGGAUGUAACCAUUACGGACCAUUACGGCACUGAUUUCAUGCAGUAACACACCAGAUAGGGUUAAAAUGGAAAAUAAAUUUAUUCAGCUGUUUGGCACCAUAUCUCCAUAUGGUAUUAAUCAAAUAAUAUCCUACUGAUGUUUCUCUGUUUCCUUAUAUUUCAUCUAUUUUCUUAUUGCUGUUUGUUGAUGUAUCCCUGGAUAUUCUGGUCCAUUAUUAUUGUGGACUCUAUUUUUCACAGUGUCAAUAUUUAUAUUCUCUCGCUUCCUGUUUUCCCACUUCCGGAGACACGAAUGAAUACUGCUUAAGUUGUCUACUGUGCUCUUUUCUUUGUUAUAUUUUCAUUUCUAUUGUUGGCUGAGGAAGGCUUUAUGCCGAAAUGUCCUUGUUUUUUGUCCUGUCAUUUUAUUUCAAGCUUCCACAUACCUCGUUUCGCUAUUUCAUUCUUUUACGGUAGAGUUAAUUUUAAGUUUCAAUGAUUUUACAGUAAUGCAUAAUAUCCUAAUAAUAUCCUACUGCCCUCUUGUGCCUGUAUCCAGGUGUAGGUAUCAAGGAAUAUCUUCCCCGGUACCUCUCACCUCUUCUGACUUUGACCCAGGAGCAAAGUACCAUAUACCAGCUGGUGUGCCUUAUAUCAGGUGACAAUGUCAUUUAAAAAAAAAAUACAAAUAGCAUCUUACACAAUCUGUCAGCAUGGAAGACAUAUUCCAAGAACUGGAUAUCAUGCAUCACUCAAACAAUAGUUGAACAUUAUUUAUGUUGUUUCACGAACUAAACUCAAUCUUUUAAAUAAUAGUGCAAUAACGUUCCCAUUGAAAAUGUUUAUUUAUCAAGUAAAUCUACAUGUGUUUAUUAAUUAUUGAAAUUUGUUCGAUACGACUCUGAUUGUGCCCCUGUGGUCUUUGACAUAUAAAAUAUGUUCCAGAUAUUUUGUGAGUUUUGUCAUCCAGUUCCAAUUCCACAAAGCCUUAUGUGACGAAGCUAACUAUAGAGGUCCACUUCACAGAUGUGAUAUCUACAACAGUAAGCCUGCAGGAACUUUGCUCAGGUAGCCUAUUAUUGAACUUGGAAUAUGUCUUAUUGUGUAGUUAUUGAACCGUGGCCUAUGUUGUUAUAGUUAGUAUGCAUAUUGUAUGAUCAUUAUUAACGUAAAAGUAUGCGUCUCUGAUAUCUAACUUAUUUACACUACAUCUCCAUUUAACUAUAUAAAUCCACUUGUGACCGUCCCCUCCUCUUGUGGUAGAGGAGGGGAUUAGAUGAAACUAUUUCAUUAUGAACGUGAAUCUGAAUAUUUAUUGAUACGCCUUUGAUGAAUUUUGGGAUAGGGGAUGUUACGAAUACGUAUAGUCCUUAGUUUAAUUUAAUUCAAUGCAUUGCGUUUUUUAAUUAAGUAGUAAUUUUAAUCAUUGUAACAUAUUCAAUGGAUUGCAUCUAGUAUUUUUCUUUAAUUAACUUAAAAGCAUAAAUAUAACUGACAUUUCGCCUUGGUUUUAUAAUGUAUAUAAUAUGAAAUAUCAUACAUGUGCAUAUAAGUAAAACUUUGUUUAUUGGUCUAUUUGUUGUUUGUUUUUUUUUGUGGAUUUGUUUUUUCCACGAAGGCUUUUUGUGGAUUGAUGGAUCUCUACAAAACAUGUAUCCACCAUUAUGUGAAAGUAACUCUUGGGGGUUAUGAACUUUUAUAACAUUUCAUUUAAGGCCGGAGGCCCCGGAUUCUUUUUUUUAAAUUUUAGAUAUACAAGAAUAGAUGGAUUUUGGAAUAGAUGGAUUUGGGAAUAGAUGGAUUUUGGAAUAGAUGGAUUUGGGAAUAGAUGGAUUAUGGAAUAGAUGGAUUUGGGAAUAGAUGGAUUAUGGAAUAGAUGGAUUUUGGAAUAGAUGGAUUUUGGAAUAGAUGGAUUUUGGAAUAGAUGGAUUAUGGAAUAGAUGGAUUUUGGAAUAGAUGGAUUUUGGAAUAGAUGGAUUUUGGAAUAGAUGGAUUUGGGAAUAGAUGGAUUUGGGAAUAGAUGGAUUUUGGAAUAGAUGGAUUUGGGAAUAGAUGGAUUAUGGAAUAGAUGGAUUUGGGAAUAGAUGGAUUAUGGAAUAGAUGGAUUUUGGAAUAGAUGGAUUUUGGAAUAGAUGGAUUUUGGAAUAGAUGGAUUUGGGAAUAGAUGGAUUUGGGAAUAGAUGGAUUUGGGAAUAGAUGGAUUUGGGAAUAGAUGGAUUUUGGAAUAGAUGGAUUUGGGAAUAGAUGGAUUUGGGAAUAGAUGGAUUUGGGAAUAGAUGGAUUUGGGAAUAGAUGGAUUUGGGAAUAGAUGGAUUUGGGAAUAGAUGGAUUUUGGAAUAGAUGGAUUUGGGAAUAGAUGGAUUUGGGAAUAGAUGGAUUUGGGAAUAGAUGGAUUUGGGAAUAGAUGGAUUUUGGAAUAGAUGGAUUUGGGAAUAGAUGGAUUUGGGAAUAGAUGGAUUUGGGAAUAGAUGGAUUUGGGAAUAGAUGGAUUUUGACAAAAUUUAGUUCUUAUACACUUGAUUAUGCAUAUGCAAAUAUCUAAGGGUACUGAACUCAUAAUAUCCAUUCCUCUGGGGCCGUGGACCCAAUUUCCUGUUUCCUAAUAUACGCAAUAUAAAUGUCGGUGGGCUUAGAAAUCCCUAUAGGUUCUACGUCAAUUGAUGGCUCUAGACCUAGCUUGGUAGCAUUACCAGCUUCAUUCUCCGUAUAGAAAUAUUAGUGGAUUCAAACUAAAAAUAUCCAAUCUAGAAUUUUCUAGAAAGUUCGAAAAAUUUAAAAAGGUAUAUCUAUGGCAUUAUUAAAUAGAUUUAAAUGGGACUAAUUUUAAAUUUCAACUCCAUAAUUUAUAAGAAUGAUUUUUAUGCACCCCCCCCCCACUCAUGUUAAAGUGAUUCGGUACAAUUAUGGCCCCGCUGGGGCCCCUCUUUCAAUUUAAAUGUACUAUAGUGAUUGUAGUGAAUUUAGUUGUAUAUUUUUCGUAUUCAAAAAAUAAUUACUAAGAAAAGACAAGUGUUACACGUUUCGAGGAGGAUAUUAAAUUUAAUCUAGAAUAUUCCAGAAAGUUCUAUAUUGUUCUACGGGGAUAUAUGAUGGUACCUAAAAGCUUAUUAAAAUACCCACCGAGACCGGCACCCAACGGGAUCGGGAAGUCACCGGUUCGGAAUCCCAGGGGAUCGGGAUUUCACCGGGAUUGUAAUCCCACCUGUAUCGGAAUUCCACCAAGAUCGGGAAUACACGGUAUCGGAAUCCGACCAGUAUCAAGAUCCCAUCCGUAAAUGGCAUCACACCGUUAUUAUGAUCCAACGGGAUCGGUAUCCCAACGAGAAACGGGAUCAAGAACCCACAAGGAUCGGCAUCCCCCAGGGAUCGUAAUCCUAACGGGAUAAAGAUCCAACCACUUUUAGGAUCCCAUCGGAUACCAACGGGAUCGGGGCCGAACGGAAUCGGAAUCCUGACGCGAUUGGGAACCCCACAAUAUCGGAAUCCAACCGGGAUCGGAAUCAACCGUUAUUGGGAUUAAACCGAGUUCUAGACCCAAACGGGGAACGAAAGUUUCACAUACGUUGUUAUAAAUGUAUUUAUAGGAGAUCAAGAAUUUUUUUUAUUACAUGAGUGGUUUAGUUUUCUUUUUUACAUGGUGCUUAAUUUUCAUGCUAAUUAAAAGGAGAAACCAUUGGAGAAACGACGACGACAAUCCAGGCUCUCCAUGAUGUACAAGAUAAAUAAUGGGCUGGUCCACUGUUCCAGCAUUAAACAGAAACUCAUCCCUCUCCCCAUAGACAGCGACGAGGCCAUGACAGGCAAUUCAGGCUCAUACCAGCAAGAAGCCAGUAUAGGAGCUGCUCAUUCCUGCCCCAGACAAUCAGGGACAGGAAAAUCUUUCAAAAAGGAACGGUUGAGGCGACAACACUAGACACAUUUGUGUCUAUUGCCUCAAGCCUUCAAACCCCUAAGUGCAUGAUUUCCUCAUCACCACCAGUAACAGAAACAUUGCAAAUCCCAUCUACAUGCAUAGGAGCCAAAAUGAUCAAUACAUUGAUCGUGGGCCCUUAAGAUGUAGAAGAAGAAGGAGAAGGCUGUAGGGGUUGUUUUUUUCUGAAUGCAAUCACGGGCAACGAUGGGUAUCUCUAAUAGUAUUCUAAUAAAAUAAAGAUAAAUACAUACUGAGUACUUUCAGUUGUUGUUGUUUUGUCUUCCCCAGUAACAUGUUAAAACUUGGCUCCUCAAAACCGUGGCCGGAAGCCAUGAAUCUUCUCACAAGACAGCGCAAAAUGGACGCCCAGCCUCUCAUGGACUACUUCAAACCUCUACUGGAAUAUUUACGGCAAGAGAAUGGCAACGACUAUGGCUGGCAUCCAAUAUGUCCCACGUUCGCCCCCACAACUACGCCAAAACCAAAUGUUAACAAUAACAACACUGCGAAUCAAAAUAGUCUAUUUUUAUCUUCAAUUGUUUUAAGUUUGCUAUUAACACGAUGGUUGAUGUAAAAUCUUUUAGUUCUCUUGGGAUGUUAUACAACAGAUGGAAAGAAAUCAAACAUAUUAAUGUAAAUGCUCUGUGCCUUUCUAGCAUUCAAUGUUACAACUAAUUUGCUCAGUUUAUUAAAUUUUAGACUCGUCUAUAAUGAAAUGUUUUACUGAACUCUUUAUAACAAGUGUUCGUAACCAUGGUAGCCAGCACCUCAUGGAGUUGUAAAAGAUGGAAGAUGCAGUUUCUCUGAGUGCGAGGAGACCACGAAAGCCAGUUUAUAUUCAUUUUUAUUUGCAUGUUCGAUCAUGGCGUUGCGGGAUAUAUGUUUUAAACUAGAGAAGGUGUUCAGGAAAUGUGUUGACAUGUCGUGGUGGUGUGGCGGUGCCAAGAACCUAGCUUUAUUAGAUAGUAUCAUACACUUGUUUCAACAUUCCAUUAUAUGAGAUAGACAAACUUGAUGGUAUUUCAAUACGAAUGAUAUUUAUAGUUAAUUUUACAUUGUGUACACGAAACUACUAGUAAAUGUAAUCGUUGAUAGUUUCUUUAGAGUGGAUUAUCUAAUAUCAGAUCUACAAAUUUACUUUCAUAAACAAAGAUAGCGCUAUAUUAAUAUAUUGCAACCUGGGCACUUUCCACGUUUAAAAUACAUGUGUUAAACUAAUGAAAACAAAAACCGAGUCAUUCAAGCCAAUAUCAGAGGCUGUACAAAAUCUUCAAUAAUAUUCUUUUACGCCAAAAAUCAGUUGUUCCUGUUUUUCAAAGGGAAGAUCAAAUACAAUUCCUGAUAACAUCGCUAAAACUUAGACUAUGUUCAAAGAAAUUUUGCAAGUGCAUUCGGUUCGUAAUACUUUUUUUUAAAUUUUUUUUUUUCCUUGGUUGUAAAAAUUGUAUUUGAAAUAAAUCCCCACUGUAAAGCAGGUUUGUCAUUAGAAUAUUAUCAAACAGCUUUUGAACAUACUUGUGCUUACCCCCACACCCCCCCCCCCCCCCCCCCCCCCCCGAAUUGCUUUGUACUACAUUUUAUCAAGGAUUAUUCGAAAAAUAAUAUUUUUUUGGCUUGUUUGAUUUAAUUUGAAUUUCUAUUUAUAUUCUUUUAUAUGGAUACAUUUCAACUGAGCAGUGAAAAUCUUAAAUCAUAAUUGUAUGUGUUUAUAUCCUGUCAUAUGUUUUAGCUGUUAAGAUGCUUUGUUAUUAAAUUGAAAAACUUUAUUAUAUAUGAUAAACGAAUAUACCAAAUGGACAAGGUAUAAUUUAAUCUAGAAAAUAAAUCCCUGUAAUAGUAAAAAGAAGGUUAAAACGAAUACAACCCAUUAAUAAAACCCAGAAAAUCUGAAGGGAAAAAACCUCUAAGGUCAUUUAUUAAUAAAAUUUCAAUUUUAAUUUCAAUAGAGUGAAUAGUAUUUAAAAAAUAAGUUGGUACUAAACGUAAUUUGAAUUGAUUUAUAAUUUUCCCGACUGAUUUAUAAGCUAAAUAAAAGCUGGAAAUAAAGGAGCUUAAAAAUUUAAAAUAGUUGUAUUUAAUUAUAUUUUUUAAUUUUGUGCCUAUUUAUAUCUUUAUAUAUAUAUAAAUAUAUAUAUAUAUAUAUAUACAUAUAUAAUAUAUAUAUAUAAUAUAUAUAUUUAUUUAUAUAAAUAUAUAUAUAUAUAUAUAUAUAUAAUUAUGACAUAGUCAGAGUUUAAUAAAAUGUUAUAGUUUUUCUUUAAAAUUAUAAUUUAUUACUUUCAUAUAUUAAAUUGGAUUUCUAUCUCUUGAAAAUGCAGCUCUUUGUUGUCAUUUACUAUAUAUUUAGAAAUUGACCUGUUAUAGCGCAACACAAACUAAAAUACUCUUUCAAAUAAAAAAUAUUCUGCCAAUACUAAUAAAGAUCAAUACUCGGAGGCCGAGAUUCUAUCUUAUAGGACCUUGGCCGUGACACAUACCCUAGUAGUCCCUGGGGACUCCUGCCAUGUAACUCGGCUUUGAGUAACGGGGUUUUGGGCAGGUUGCUUCCACUCAUGAGGGGACAGUUUUGCGUCACAGCCCCCCCCCCUUACCCAUUAAGUAUUUCGGUCUGGACGUUUGGUUGGAACGGCUAUACUUCCUCUCCGGGGAUGAUGUUGCGUUGCCACCCCCCUACGCCCAGGGAGUCUUACGUUCCAUGGUGUGGCACGGCUUUUGCCUCCACUCUGGGAGCAGUCACAAGCUUAGCUUUCUCCCACAAAUCCUGGGAAUUUUGUGGACAUGGGUCAAAACGGCUUUACUCCCUCUCCGGGGUAGGCGUUGCGUUACCUCAACCCACCGUUCAGGGAGAGGUUCGGUCUGGACUGUGUCGGGACGAAACGGUCACCUAGGAGCGGCUUUCUCAAGGCCGCAUGUUUUUAAUCCUCAGCAAGGGUUUGAAAGAAAAACUCAAGCCUAAUAUCCAUUAUCGGCGACACGUCAUCAUGUUAGCGCGCAACUUCCCAUGCGUUUGGCUGGGAUUUUUUAGCUUCAGAAGGGAACCCCCGCCCCCCCCCCCCUCCUACUAGUUGGUCACGCCACGAAGAGGCGAAAUCCCCUGUAACACCAUUCGAGCAAGUGGUGCUGAGCAUCGACCUCACAGAGCUCAGUCUUUGCAUUAUUCAAACAGUUUUAGAAUUCUUCCUUUCUUAUAUCAUUGUAGUAAUGAUACACGUUAUUAUCUCAUUGUAGACAGGAUACAUUAUAUUAUCUUAUUCAAGAAUGAUACAACUUGGUAUUUUUUUCUAGAAAUGAUGCACUUUAUUAUCCCAUUCUAGAAUGUUUCACUUUAUUAUCCCAUUCUAGAAAUGAUACACUUUAUUAACUUAUUCUAGGAAUGAAACACUUACUUAUCUUAUUCUAGAAAUUAUACACUUUAUUAUCCCAAUCUAGAAAUGAUACACUUUAUUAACUUAUUCUAUAAAUGAAACACUUAAUUAUCUUAUUCUAGAAAUUAUACACUUUAUUAUCCCAAUCUAGAAAUGAUACACUUUAUUAACUUAUUCUAUAAAUUAAACACUUAAUUAUCUUAUUCUAGAAAUUAUACACUUUAUUAUCCCAAUCUAGAAAUGAUACACUUUAUUAACUUAUUCUAUAAAUGAAUUACUUAAUUAUCUUAUCCUAGAAAUUAUACACUUUAUUAUCCCAAACUAGAAAUUAUAUACUUCAUAUCCCAUUCUAGAAAUAAUAUACUUCAUAUCCCAUUCUAGAGAUUAUAUACUUCAUAUCCCAUUCUAGAAAUUAUAUACUUCAUAUCCCAUGCUAGAAAUUAUAUACUUCAUAUCCCAUUCUAGAUAUUAUAUACUUCAUAUCCCAUUCUAGAAAUUAUAUACUUCAUAUCCCAUUCUAGAUAUUAUAUACUUCAUAUCCCAUUCUAGAUAUUAUAUAUUUCAUAUAUCAUUCUAGAAAUUAUAUACUUCAUAUCCCAUUAUAGAAAUUAUAUACUUCAUAUCCCAUUAUAGAAAUUAUAUACUUCAUAUCUUAUUCUAGAUAUUAUAUACUCAUAUCCCAUUCUAGAAAUUAUAUAAUUCAUAUCCCAUUAUAGAUAUUAUAUAUUUCAUAUCCCAUUCUAGAAAUUAUAUACUUCAUAUCCCAUUCUAGAUAUUAUAUACUUCAUAACCCAUUCUAGAAAUUAUAUACUUCAUAUCCCAUUCUAGAUAUUAUAUACUUCAUAUCCCAUUCUAGAAAUUAUAUACUUCAUAUCCCAUUCUAGAAAUUAUAUACUUCAUAUCCCAUUCUAGAGAUAUAUACUUCAUAUCCCAUUGUAGAAAUUAUAUACUUCAUAUCCCAUUCUAGAGAUUAUAUACUUCAUAUCCCAUUCUAGAGAUAUAUACUUCAUAUCCCAUUGUAGAAAUUAUAUACUUCAUAUCCCAUUCUAGAGAUUAUAUACUUCAUAUCCCAUUAUAGAGAUUAUAUACUUCGUAUCCCAUUCUAGAGAUUAUAUACUUUAUAUCCCAUUCUCGAAAUUAUAUACUUCAUAUCCCAUUCUAGAAAUUAUAUACUUCAUAUCCCAUUCUAGAGAUUAUAUACUUCAUAGCCCCUUCUAGAAAUUAUAUUAUAUACUUCAUAUCCCAUUCUAGAAAUGAACCAUUUAUUGUAGAUAUCAUACAAUUUUUACGCAAAAUCCUGCAGUGGGCCCCAAAAUGGUGAUCAGGACAAAAAUUCAAGAGAUUUAUUUAAAAUAGUGUAAAUAGAUGAAUAUCUGCUUUCUAAUGUUGUACCAGCGAGCUUUCUAUGUGCACCAAUACCAGCAUCAAGAUUAAUGUUUUCUUUCUAAAGUUGUACACGCGAGCUUUCUAUUUGCUCCAAUACGCUUUCUAUUUGCUCCAAUACGAGCAUCAAGAUUAAUAUUUUCUUUCUAAAGUUGUACCCGCGAGCUGUCUUUUUGCCUUGCAUCAAUACCAGCAUCAACCUUGUUGUGACGGCCAUAUUAUUCAUCUCUUACUUGCAGAGAUUGUAUUUAUUUUCGAAAUCAUUUAUAUGAAUAUCGCUUCUGUUUGUGAAUGGCUGGCAUGCUGGGUGGCGGACUGGCGAGCUGGAAAAAAUCUUCGGACGGCGAAUUGACCCACUUCUUGUUUCCUUAUCGAGCUGAUAGACUCAAUGACAACACAUUUUUUUUUUUUUGUUAUGGCCUGAAUGCCCAACCCGGAAAAAAAAAGAGUUUUUCCCAUUUUUAAAGGGAAGAUGGAAAAAAAAAAAAAAAAAAUUCCCAGAAACUACGCUAAAUGAGAUUUUUAUUUAUGAAAAAAGGAAACAAAGCGCAUNAAAAAAAACCAAGAAAAAAAAAAAAAAAAAAGGAGAAAAAACAAAAAGGGGGGGGGGGCACUUAUUGAGAAUUUUAUAAAGUGCAUUAUUUGAAUGCAUGUUAAAUUGCUCGAUAUUACAGUUUAUAAAGUGCACUACUUGAAUUCAUGUUAAAUUGCUCGAUAUUACAGUUUAUAAAGUGCAUUACUUGAAUGCAUGUUAAAUUGCUCGCUAUUACAGUUUAUAAAGUGCAUUACUUGAAUGCAUGUUAAAUGGCUCGAUGUUACAGUUUAUAAAGUGCAUUACUUGAAUGCAUGUUAAAUUGCUCGAUAUUACAGUUUAUAAAGUGCAUUACUUGAAUGCAUGUUAAAUGGCUCGAUGUUACAGUUUAUAAAGGAUUUAUACCAACAUUUUUGUCUUGUAUUUGUAAAAUUUAAUAAGUUUUACCUUUUUUAAUUGCAAAAAUAUACUUUUAUUAAAUUUAUAACGUAAUAAAAAUUUAACCUUUACAUAUAUUUUAAAUACGAAAAUGCCGUUUCAAUCAAUCAUGGCCGCGAAGCUCCAUGGUGAUAGCAUUCACCAAUCUACUUAUAACUUAUCCAAAUAAGAACAAACCAUAUGAAGUGCAAAUUUAGUUUUUGUAUGAAGGGACUACAAUCUGGUGGAAGAUUUUAUUAAUUUUAUUUAAAUCUGGAAGGUGGGUUUAAUCAUUUUGCCACAGGCAGCACAAGAUACAUCUCAAAAUAAGGAAUUAAUUUGAUAAAUAAUUAAGCUUCUUGGGUACAAACAUAUCGGAGGUAGGAAAGAAUGUGUACAUAUUUACGUGGAUGACAAAAUAUUUAUAUCCUAUUGUAUUACAUUUAUGAAAAAAAAUGGAUGUUAAAUUCUCUUUUUACAAUUAAACUUAUUUUUACCAAUUUAGAAAAUCAAUGGCGUUAUCAAAACUUUAGUAUAUUUUUUAAAGUAUACCCAUAAAUAGCAAAACCCAAUCAUUUUACACACUUGAAGAUUUAAUUUUGGAAGAUUGAGAUUGGUUAAUAUUUUCUUUAAAAAAUGAAAAUAUAUUUUUGAUUUUUACUUUGCGAAAAGUAAAGUGGGUGUGCGUUUUUAUAAUAAUGUUUUUUUUAAAAAAAGACACAUAAGUCUGAAAAACGGUUGCGAGAUUUUUCUUUAAAUAAAAGAAAUAACUGUUUUACGAUUUUCUGAUAAUGCAUGAUUUAAAAAAAAACAAGUCAAAAGUGUGUUUAAAUUUUUGAUGAAGAUAGAAAUAUAUAAGAUUACUUUAAUAUAAAAUAUUUUUAUAUCAUACAAAGAGUUUUUGUUGUAAAUUUAAGAGUAUGUUUUUAACAAUUUUUAGAGAAAAAAAGUUAGAAUUCAAGGAAACAAAUUCUCUAACGUAGAAAUCAUCCCUUAAUUAACUUCUUUAGUGACAAAAGUGAUAUAAUUGGUGAUAAUUUUGAUUGGGUAAUUUAAGGUUAUGUUUAGAGGGGAAAAUGUAGUUUAGGGGCGUGAAACCGAGUAGGGUACGUAGCAGAAAAAUACAAUUCAAAAUUUAAUGUUGUUAGAAACGUAAAUAUCAUUACACAGAUACUUCUUUUUAAAGUUAGGAAUUAUGAUGAGGUUUCGCAAUAGCAGGUAGAAACUAUAGCAAAGGACCUACCAUUAUUAUCCCGAUGACAGCGGUUCAUUUAUUCUAGUCAUAAACAUAACACUUUAUUGUUAGAGGGAAACCUCAUUGGAUGGCACAGUAUUUGUACAUCGUGAGAACUCUUUUCCGUUAUUUUGUUGAUGAUGUUGGCAAUUCGCUCUAUCAAAUUUUCUGCUCCACACUCAACCCCCAAAAUCAGUAUUUAUUCUGCUUUUUUUUCUGCUCUAAGGGGAAGAUGAAGGGAAUAUGAUGACACUGAUUUCACGACAUGAAAAUCCAGUUAACUGCACUAAAUGAUUUUCUUUCUUUUUCUUUUUUUUUUUUUAAAAUGAGGCAAGUGCGCCUUGGUGCGUUGUAUUGUCUUUUAUUUUUUCUGAAAUAAUUGGUGUAAUAAAUCUGCAGUGUGAAACUGGCUGGGGACAUUAGAAUAUAUCCCUUUAAAAAAUAAUAUAGCUGUUUGUUGACUUCGUCAAAAAUCGCUGCUCGUAAAACGUCUAUUUUCGUCAAGUGCUAUAGUGUUACACUAUAAAACUUUAAGGACAUUUAGCUUAAAUAAUUUUAGUGCCCUCGUAUUCUCAGCUUGCCUGUAUUGACCAUCAACAGGUCGCACGUUCCCUAAUAGCAAUAUAAAAAAAACAUAAACGAGAAUGGGCUAAAGAUCGUAUCGAUUGAGACCAGCUUAAGAACCGUAUAUAACAGGUGCUGACUUAGGUGUCUUCAAAACAGACGGCAGUGUUAAACAGAGAUCGGAUCGAAAACUUCACACGUAUCAAGAACUAACAGCAGUUGGCAAGUAUGUUGGUUGUUUUCGUCCCUUAUCAGGUGUCUCCACUGACAGAAUGAAAGGGAACGCAAACGUGUCUCUGCUUCGUCUCAGAGACGUCGUUCUGCAGAUGAUCGUUGCGUCGACAACCCAGGUCGGUUGUUUUUUUCCAGUCAAAAUUGACAACAAAAGUAAUUUGACUUUCAUUUAUGAUUGAAGGUGCCACCAUUAACUUUGUCAUUGUUUAGUUCCCUGUCCUGAUUUUUUUAUAUUUUUUUUGUCAUCCACCUUGUGAUGCCAGAAUGGGUUCGGUUUGCUUUUGAAAUUCUUUGCUUAACUCUGCAUUUGUUUUGUGACUGGCUCUUUGAUGAUAUUCCUGUUCAGCUAUCCAACUGAAACUUGGCACAUCGACUCGUUGCCAAUGACCAAAUAUUCUUUCAAAUGUUUAGUUUCAGUAAACAUUCAAGAAUGUUCCACGCGAUACUUUUUUACCUGGCAGUGGCCAUCUCUUCCUUAUUUGGGGUCAAAGGUCAGAAGGUAAGUGACCCUACAGAGAUUCAGGAAUUCCUGGACAACUAUAGUAGCAAGGCACAGAUUUUGGUCCCGAGACUAAGGGAAUCGGCUUGGAACUACGAAACGAACAUUACAAAUGACAAUAAGGAACUUUAUGUAAGUCUAAAACAACUUUAGUUACAGAGUCUGCAUGUUCAAUAAGUCAAGUAAAUCUAGUAAUUGUUUGUUUAGUCUACGGUUGCCGCUUGCAACUUCUCGCUUUGACUUUCACGACUUCACUCUGUACCAGUUUUUUUUUUUUUUUUUCAAACAUAACAUUAGAUUUUGAAAACAAAUAAUUGUUUGUUUAGUCUACGGUUGCCGCUUGCAACUUCUCGCUUUGACUUUCACGACUUCACUCUGUACCAGUUUUUUUUUUUUUUUUUUUCAAACAUAACAUUAGAUUUUGAAAACAAGUGAGAGUGCUCUGGAUUAAUUGAAUCAAAUAUACACCGCUGUAUUACAACUUAAAUUAAAAAUCACCUUACGUAUGGACUAUAGGCCUAUGUAUUCGAGCAUCCCAAGAGCGUCUAGUGUUGUUUAAACCCGUACUUAAAGGGGCGUGAACAGUAACAACGAAAUAUUCAAUUGAUAAAUAAAUAAUCUUACCUCGUCGAAACCCCCAUCCUUUCUAUAGAGUCUGGAACUGAUUACCUUGAUUAGCUAGGGACAAAUGUAUUUCAUUGUUUUCCAAUGUCAUCCUACACCAUCACUGUAGUUAUAAAUUUCAUUUCGUAUAUCUGGAACUAAGGCGAAGUGAGAAAACUUUCAAACAAUUAUGUAUUUUCAGAAUAUGCAGGUUUUUUUUUCUUUCUAAAGCUUUCUUGAGCCCUACGAUAGUUAGUGUUAUCAAGAGAGACUGUCUUUGCGACUGCAUUCAUUCUCAGAAUUUACAAUUGCAAACAAUGUAUUCUUCAAUUCGAAAUUUCUUUUUCUUUUCUAGAGAUGUGGGAAUUUUGAUUAGAUAAAAUUGAAAAUAUUUAUUUUUUGAAAAAAAUGCGUAAAUUUGUAUCAGUAUUAGAUAAAUUAUUUUUUUUUAAAAUUCUUAUACAUCUUUUAAAAAUAAUAGCACUAUUUAUGGAGUGCUUGACGAACAAUACUAAAGAAUUAUAAUAACAAAUGGAAAGGAUCAAAAAAUAAAUUCACAUAUUGAAAGUACACAAAUAUGGGGAUUUCAAGUGAAAUUGUAUAAUUAUAAGAUCGAUUUGAUUAAUAGAUAUGUGAUGUUUAUUUAUCAGCUGGAGGAACAGGGUGUGGUAUCCAAGUUCAAACAGGAAGCCUAUGAAAAUGCUACAAAGUUUAACCUUACCGCCAUGACUCCCAGGAACAGGAGAAUUUUUGAUAAUAUCAUGACCAUUGGAACAGCUGCGCAGACCAAUGUUACCAAACUGUCAAAUGUAAGGAAAUGUUUAAAGCGGUGUCGGCCAACACGAAAAUAUUUUAUUUUCUUACAAUAAAUAAAUUUACAUAUUUCUUGUUUUUGUUCACAUUAAACCAGGCAAGCGUUUGUCCACGAUAUCACCUUCUGGGAAGGGACAAUGUGGUCUAGCCGUAGCACGCUUUCUCGUUUCCUUAAAUAAACAAAAAAAUUAGGUGCGUGACCCAGAAGGAAAUAUUAUUUCUGAAAUUUGACCCACCUGAUGAAUAUUUUGGCCACCCCUGAUUAUAAGUCUUGUUAUAAUGAUAACUUAUAUUAUAGUUCAGAGGUCACCAAACUGCGGCCCGCGGGGCCGCGACAUUAGCUCGUCCGGCCCACCGACGGUAUUUGAAUUUGCUUGAUAAAACGUAUGGGAAACGAGAUGUGAUGCAAUUUAAAUAUUAUGUUUAGAAUACAGGAGAUCUUCACACGUGAGAGACCUCCUGGCUGCCAUGACUCUUAAAUUUACCAUUUUUAAUUUUAAAUUAUUGUAUCUAGAUGUUCGUGUUUAUUGCAGACCUAAUUAACCUCGAACUCCUAAAAUCGUACAAUAGCGUGUGAGAAUCUUACUAUACGGGAUCUUAAUAGUAAAUAAAUAAGCCAACGGGAUAUAUAAUGAAUACAAUGGCUACUCGUGUUGAAGUGCUUGGUGGGUUCGACUUAAGCUGGCGUAAAAAAAAAUUUUUACUUCUACAACGAGAUGACGGACGUUAUUGUUGCAAUUUGAGUCACUUUUUUCCAGGCGUGAAGAGACGUACAGAUCACAUUAGCACCGUCUCUCACUGGUAAAAAUAAAGUUGCUGGUAAAAUUUAACUUGGUUCAAAUUUGAAGUAAGAUCAGCUUAAAAAUGAAAUUAUAUUUUAAACAAAUCUACCAAGUAACUUGAGGUUGUUGUUCUUUUUAAAGGAAAAGGUGGUUAAAAAAAUAAUGAAAUAAGAAUCAAUAUCAAUUAAUCUUAUUCCCGCUAAUAUAUUAUAGUCUGAUAGCUACCACACUGUAAAUGGUCGAAAGGAAGAUAAGUGUUGGAAACAUACGGUGGUAUUAAAUAUCUUUCUCGCCGUGAUCAGUACUAUAAGCCUUUUGGGAAACUCAGUUGUGUGGAGAAGAAAAGAACUUGAAGGGAACAUAGUGCUACAUACACGUGAGAAAGCUAGAAAUUUGCUGCGGUAUUCUCUGAGCCUGGAUGAAUCUGGUGAUCUCGCGAGUAUGUCCCCAAUUUCUUGUAUGUUUUUUUGUUGUUGUCAUUUUGCUGUCAACUUAGAGAUAACGGAAGAGUGGGCAUCCGUUUCUAUCGUAGAUGAAACGACAACUGGAAAAGACAUUUUCAUGGAAGUAGAGGCCGACCGAAUUUCGGCUUCGGCUUCGGUUUCGGCGCCGAAAGUGGCCAUUUUAUCAAUUUCGGCCAAGUUUCGGUUUCGGCCGAAACUGGAAAGUUGACUUUCGGCUUAAUUUCGGUUUCGGCCGAAAGAGAAAAGUUAACUUUCGGUUUUUCUUCGGUUUCGGCCGAAAUUGACUUAGACUUUCGGCCAUCCGGCCGAAAGUUACUCAGGUUUUCGGUCAUUUAAUACUAAGCGAAAGCGAUAUUUUACAACAAACUAAGCGACAUUUAAGAACAAAUUAAGCGAUCUUUGAGAACAAACUAAAUGAUAUUUAACAACAAACUAAACAACAUUUAUGAACAAACUAAACGAUCUUUAAAACAAACUAAGCGAUCUUUAAGAACAAAUUAAGUGAUCUUUUAGAACCACAUUUUUUAGAGACCCGGUUUCAAAAAAAUAAUAUUUUGCAUUAAUUUCCCCUCCUCCCCCCCACCCCCCAAUUUCUGCCAAAUUUUCUCCUACCAUACAAAUUUGAAAAAAAAUUGUAAAGCAAUUUAAAUUAGUAAAAAAAAAAAAUUUUUGCAUUAUUUUCCCCCCCCCCCCCCCCCCCCCCAAUUUCUGCCAAAUUUUCUCCUACCAUACAAAUUUGAAAAAAAUUGUAAAGCAAUUUAAAUUAGUUGUAUAUUAAAAUGGUAAAAUCCAAAGUAUUCAUUAGAUCAAGAUCAAACUCUAAUUAUGGGGGGGGGGGGCGCAGGAGGUAGUGUCUGAAUGAGAGUGGGCCGCAUCAAGUAAUCCAUAGAAAAGCGAUUACAACUGUUACAAUCUGGUCAACCUUUAUAAAUAACAAAAAAAUCAUUAAGGGUUCUCAAGAGCUACUCACUGUUGCCAGAGAGCUGGCAUAAAAAAAUAUAUAGAGACAUAAAAAAAAAAUCAGAAUUAGAUUAGUCAGUGAGAUUCGACUGAAACCGUCGAGGAGAGUCACGUUAUAUAUAUGAGAAUGGGGGAAACGGGCCGGCGCAUUUACACUAAAUUUUUCUGUCAUGUAGCGGGCCACAAAAUAUCAUCUUGCGGGUCACAAAUGGCUCGCUGGCCGCGAGUUUGAGAACCCUAAAUUAUAUUUUUAUUUAUUAAUAUUUACGAUUAUCUCAUUUUUAUAAAAAGAAUGUCAAUAUUUAUAUUUUCCCACAUCAUUUUCGAUGUAAGCAGAAUGUAUGCGGGAACGAAUUUCAAAAUAACUUAAUAUUUCAUUUUAGGUUUCGGCUUCGGUUUCGGUUUCGGCCGAAAUUCAUUUUUAACUUUCGGUCUUUUUUCGGUUUCGGCCGAAAGUCAUUUUUAAACUUUCUGCCUUUUUUCGGUUUCGGCCAAAAGUCAUUUUAAACUUUCGGCCUAUUUUCGGCUUCGGCCGAAAUCAGAAAAUCACUUUCGGUCGGUCUCUACAUGGAAGUGCAACAACUGUUGCACUCUAUAGCAUUUAGUGGGAUCAGCUUCGAUGUGCUAUAGUUGGAGAACAACUUGGCUGGUGCGAGGCAGGGUCUGGUGGGGCAGAUCAGAACUCAGGUAAAAGAUUUGGAAAUUCCAGGCGCUCAGUUCAUACACUGCAUCAUACCUCAUUAAACAGUCUGAGGGAAAGGCUUUGAUGUUUAUUGUAUAAUGAAACUUGUCGUCUCUGCAAUGAACUUUCUUCGGGGACAUGCACUCAAUCACCUUCAUUUCCAGGCUUCUCUUGAAGAAAUUGAUUCUUAAAUUGUGUGGUUUGCCUCACGACAGCAGUGAGGUGGCUCAGCUGUGUUAAAAUCCUGUUUCGUUUUUACAAGCUCCGAAACAAAAUAGAUUUAGUUCUCACUGAAACAGAUAGAGCUGAUUCAGAUCUAUCAGACUGUACCCGGCUGUCAAAGUUGUUCUUAGUGGUCGACAGCACAUCCAACGUGAAUGAACUGAACUUGAAAUUUCAGGGAAAGUAAAACCUCAUCUCUGAUCUCUACAGAAGCAUCCAAUGAUUUCGGAGAAAACUGUCAUUGCUUGAAGCAAAACUGGAACAAAAAUUGUAUUCUCAUUUUCACUGUUUUGAAGAUUCUUGCGUUACAAUCGAAAAGGGUGUCAACUUCGAUUUUCCGAAAACAAUAAUAAGUCACCUGAAGAAGCAUUUGUUCGAGACAUGAUCAAAACUUGACAGAAAUGAGAAUGACAUUCUUCUGUCCCAGAAUCUUUUUGCCUUUAGCCUUGAAAAUGUGUCAGUUGACCUAUAGUUGGAGCUCAUUGAAUUGCAAACAAUUGACGUAUUGAAAGAGAAGCAUAAAGAAUGAAAACUUUUUAAAAAAUCAUUUUUUCCCUGAUGUUGAGUUUCCAAAAUUGAAUAAAAUUGCCACUGGUAUGGCAUAAGUGUUGGGACCAACGUUUGUCUGUGAGCCAACGUUUUCAAACCAUGUCCACAAACCAUGUCACCGACGAUUUAACCUACCAUCUCACCCACCAUCUCACACACCAUCUCACUCACCAUCUCACCCACCAUCUCACCCAUCAUCUCAUCCACCAUCUCACCCACCAUCUCACCCACCAUCUCACCCACCAUCUCACCCACCAUCUCACCCACCAUCUCACCCACCUUCUCACCCACCAUCUCACCCACCAUCUCACCAACAAUAUCAACACCAUCUCACCCACCAUCUCACCCACCAUCUCACACACCAUCUUAAUCCGCAUUUCACCAUUAACCAAUUCCAUACCAUCCACUUUUUCACCCACCACCUCAUCCUCCAUCCACCAAAUCACCUACCAUCCAACAUUUCACCCACCAUCUCAUCCUCCAUCCACCAUAUCACCUACCAUCCAAAAUUUCACCCACCAUCUCAUCCUACAUCCACCAUAUCACCUACCAUCCAACCUUUCACCCACCCUCUCACCCACAAUCUCACCAACGCUCUUCCCUACGACUCUAAGUCUAGACUUCACCUAUGUACUUCACUAUUUCUAGGCCUAUCCCCUCCUAGACCAACUCACUUCAUUAUUUCUCCUCCCCAGCCCCCUACAUUAUCCUCCUGAUACUAUCCACAUACCAUAGUUGAUUUACCACAUACCCUUCUCACAAAUCGUCAUCACUCUAUUCUUCCUACUCCAAACCUCUCAAUGUUACUCCAUAAAACCCUGCCACGGAUAUUUCCCUUCGCGUGUUUUUGUUCAUAUUUCCUGCUCUUUAUACCCUUAAACAGAUGUGUCCAGCCCGCGUCCUGCGGUCUGCAUGCGGCCCACCACGUUAAAUAUUUCGUCCCGAGAAUCCCAGAUUUAUCAGAAAUAAAAUUAUUCGUUCUUUUCAUUAAUUUACUCUUUUUUUUUUUUUCAUCUCAGCUAAACAAGCUCAUUAGUGAUAUGACGAUUGUCUAUAGCACAGCUAAAGUCACUAUGCCGUCUGGAAAAACUUUACCUCUAUAUCCAGGUGAGUAAAUUAUGGAAGCAAGUUAGGGUCAAUGGAUUAUACGAAUACUGACGUAAAUAAAACCUGUUUUUUUACCGCUAGGAUUUAGAUGCCAUAAAUGAUCUCGCCAUAAAAAAGAAAAUACUUUGCCCUUCUUCCUCUGUUCACGGUGUCAAUAAUAUUGUGACGGGAUUUAAUUUACUUUUUUUUUUCUUUCAAUUAAGGAACGUUGUUUGAAGAUGCCGUUAAUGAUGAUAUUACACAGGACAACAGGAAAACAAAUACGUUUUACUUGAUACCUUGUGGUUGAGUUUUCUUUCUAGGUUUAAUUUCGAUGUGGAUAAGAAAUAUCACAUUAGAUUUUCCGUAACAGCUCAAGAUUAGAGCCCUUUUUGAAUUUUCAAACAUGUAAUUCGCUCCAAAUACGGGCUCUUUCGCAUAAACGGGACAUCAUAACAACCAUUAGCAUUUCAAUAGAAACUGUAUGUCGUCUUAUUUAAAUACCAAUUAUUUGUGUGCGUAUAAAAACACUCAACCACCUCCUUUUCAUAUUUGCAGUGUCAUUAAAUUGUUAACUUCAAAUUGUAAAAAAAAACUUUUUAUGAAUUUGUAUCUGCAAAUUAUUUAGUUUGCAAAUCAAAUUUUCUUAGGCCACAAAUGUUAUUUUUCAAGGCUACCCAGUCUCAUCUAAUAAAAAUAUCAGCACAUAUUAUUUUUUUUUAAACUUUCAACGUGUAGGACAUCUGUAGUGUAUUUAUAAAAAAAUAAACAUGUAAGUGUGUGUAGCCUAUUAAUAGAAAGUUCAAAACGUAGUUUUACAAGUGUUCUUUUAAAGAAUGGCAACACAUAGGGUUGUCUUACGAUUGCACAAGUCAUCUGGCUGAAAGAGGAAUACAAGGCCGUCUCUUUAGUCUUGGAAAAGCUACACUACUAAAAACAGAGUUGGGAUAUUUGUGUAAACCUGAAAAAACACUUUUCCCCUAGGCAUACAAAGUAAUUAAGCAAAUAUCCUUGACUCUCAUGUGUUUUGGGAGAGUAGAGUCAAAAUUAAAACUUUUGCAAGAUAAGAUUGGCCUCAAGGACGGAAUUUUUCUCGUCGGAUGAAAAAUUUUAGCAGCGAAGCUUUAUUAACAGGAGAUAAAAUCCUUCUACUACAUAUCUAUACAGUUUAAAAUGUGGGGAAUAAAUAGUACAAUGUCCAUCUAAUAUGAACAUAUCUAAGAUAAACUAAAAGCUAGGAAUGAUUCUUCAUGAUCCAAAGUUUAGUGAACGCAUGAAUGACCCACAUUCCAAAGCAUCAAUAAGUGACCUUGAAUUGUGGACUAGUUGUCAUUUGUCAUUUGUUGCCUCUUGCACUCAGAUUGCAAGCCAGGGAACUGCCGAAAUGUAACUCUUGAUGUCCUGUGGGCAUCCACUCUUCUAAUCCAGACGCUCAACCAUGGGACAUCCUAGUACCACACAUACCAGUGUAACCGACAACAAACACUGGAUAUAUUGAUAUGGAGUUCAAUGUAUUCUUUUAAUAUGCCUCGUAAGCCUGACAAAUCAGGGUACUUCACAAUACAACUUGUAAACUUAUCAACGUUCAACUUCACUAUCUGUCUAGCUGAAUACUCACACAUAAAAAGUUAAGCCUUGAACAUCUCACAACAAACUAUGCCUUGAGCAGCACACAACGGCCAUCUAUGUCCUCUAUCAACAAAAACUAAAAACUCACACGUCACUUCCCCUUACACAAUUACGUCACAACACUCUCACACAAACGAUACAGCUACACAUAAAAGCUCUAACUCAGUGGUUCUCAACCUUUCUAAUGACGCGACCCUUUAAUACAGCUCCUCAUGUUGUGGCGACCCCCAACCACUAAAUCGUUGAUUCCUUGUAACUGUAGAGCAUAUGUGUUUUCAGAUGGUCUUAGGCGGCCCCCGUGAAAGGGUCAUGCGACCCAAAAAGGGGUCGCGACACACAGGUUGAGAACCGCUGCUCUAACUAAGCAGCUUUUCCCUAUUAAACAUGACAACAAUGUGCUACACAUAACAACAGUGAUUCUCAUACCCUUGACAGGAACGUUAGACUAAGAGUUAAGUGAAAACUUUAACCUAGACACUAAUAUAUGUAACGCAGUCAAAUCGCAAAGAUUUUUGAAAAUAUGAUGCCACUGAUUUCAGGAAAUAAAAUUCCAGUUAACCGCGCUAAAUGAGAUUUUUUUAAAUAUCGCAAAUGUAUUUAGGGCGAAUUAUUGUAAGGAUUUUAACAUUGUUUUUAAGGAUUGUUUAAUAAUAAAAGAAACUCAUUUUCAUGCCGGACACUUUCCUAUAAAUUAAAUAAUUCUUGCCAUGUUUCACAGACCUGAUCAUUCCCAGGGUCAGAUAAAAGUAUUUUCAGCUCUCAAAAUCAUAGUUUCAAGCUCCAAAGAGUAGUUUGGUCGAUAGCGCGAGGGUGGGGGGGGGGGGGGGGUGUUGGGUGCGUGCUACAAUCAAAAUACAAGUCGUGCAAGGAAAUCCACUCAGCUGCUUAGCUCAGUUAGCAUAAAGGAGUUUACAACUAACGAAAAUGUAAUUUUUUUAAGACCUGAUCAUUCCCAGGGUCAGAUAAAAGUAUUUUCAGCUCUCAAAAUCAUAGUUUCAAGCUCCAAAGAGUAGUUUGGUCGAUAGCGCGAGGGUGGGGGGGGGGUGGGGUGUUGGGUGCGUGCUACAAUCAAAAUACAAGUCGUGCAAGGAAAUCCACUCAGCUGCUUAGCUCAGUUAGCAUAAAGGAGUUUACAACUAACGAAAAUGUAAUUUUUUUUUUUUUAAUGCUCGUCGUAGUGUUGUUGUCUUUGGCUUAAAAACGUAGUACUGCGGCGAAGGCGCAGAGGUAAAUAGAUCUGGUGUAAUGAUUUAAAAGGACGUAUUUUCAAUUUCUUAAAAAUUAGAGCUGAUAAGGUGCUACGAUAGGGAGCUAUGCUAGAGUGCUAUGUCAUUUUGGAAGCAGAGUGGGUCAAAUAUAUUUAGAAACAAGUCUAGUAUUUUGAGUUUCAAAUUAAUUUAAGCCAGCGUUAUUUUUACAACGAACUAUCCGUUUAAGGAUUAUUAAAAAAUAAAUUUUCCAUUAGAUCUCAUUCAAUUUAUGGCUAAGUCACGGAACUACGAUGAACUUCUGGCUGCAUGGUUAAGGUGGAGAGUUGAAACUGGUGGCAAGAUGAAACAAAUGUAUGCUGAAUAUGUGGAAUUAAGCAACGAAGCUUUGAAAAUACUUGGUGAGUUAUUAAAUUGUUUGAACAUAAAAAUAUCAUUUUUGUCUUUAUAUAAACAUUAAAUGCAGGGGAGAGAAACAAUUUUAGAGUGCUGCUUUCAACGAAAUCAACUUAAGAUGCAAUUACAUUCUAUGAAACACUCAUUUUAGAUGAGCGACUAACUAAUCUAACUUGUUCACCCUGUUACCGCGUUAUGAAAUGUUAAACUACACAAACAAAUUUACUACUUAUAAAUAUUAAUUUCAACUAAAAAUAUUACUACAAUCAAAUUCAUUGCACACUUUUUUUAAUCGGACUGGUAUUUUUGAAACGUGUAUUUUCCAGUUUAUAUUAAAUCAUUAACAAACAACCUUUUGGUUUCAAACAGGCCAUGCCGACACUGGUGCCUACUGGCGAUCUUGGUACGACACACCGACCUUUGAGGAUGACGUCAGAGCAUUGUUAGAUCAGAUCCGUCCAUUGUAUGAACAGCUCCACGCCUACGCCAGGAGAAAACUCAAACAAAUCUACGGGAAUGACAAGUUUCCAUAUUCUGGUCACAUCCCAGCGCAUCUUCUGGGUAAGUGGUAUAUUUACUCUCUUAAACAGUUUUAACAACUUUUGGUCAUCACCAAGCACGUCUUUUAGGAAAGUGGUAUAUUAAAUAUAUCUAGUGUACCAAACAGUUUUAUCAACUACUGUUCACAUCGUCUAGGUAUCAAGAAUGUUAUAUUUACUUACUGUAUCAAACUGUUUAGUUAACUUCCGUCAUCUAUUUAUGGCAAUGGCGAAGAUGGAUAAGUUGACCAACAGAUGACACUCAGUUUCGGAGCUGAUGAAAUGAAAAAUAUUAAACGUCACCACAUCGCACCUCACCAAGAUUCCAAUGCUUAGCAUUGGGGUAAAACUAAAGGUGUAUUGGAAUAUUACCCUUUAUUGAUACGUUUGGUGUUCUUGAACGUGAGAAGUUGGAAUGAGAGACAGCAACCGGUGAGAGGAGCUUCAAUAAGCAACAGCAACCGGUGAGAGGAGCUUGAAUAAACAACAGCAACCGGUGAGAGGAGCUUGAAUAAACAACAGCAACCGGUGAGAGGAGCUUCAAUAAGCAACAGCAACUGGUGAGAGGAGCUUCAAUAAACAACAGCAACCGGUGAGAGGAGCUUCAAUAAGCAACAGCAACCGGUGAGAGGAGCUUCAAUAAACAACAGCAACCGGUGAGAGGAGCUUCAAUAAACAACAGCAACCGGUGAGAGGAGCUUCAAUAAACAACAGCAACCGGUGAGAGGAGCUUGAAUAAACAACAGCAACCGGUGAGAGGAGCAUUAAUAAGGUUAAACCUUGGAUUCGAGCACAAAUGCUGGCAAUGUCAAAUUACACGUUAAUUUAUUUUCACAACAAGUUCAAUGUUGAUUUGUUAUUGAGACUUUGCGAAGGCAAAUGUUAAUGUUGGUAUGAAGAAUGAUUCAUUGAUGGUAAAAUCUCACCCACUAACAAGGUUUAUGUAACAAGAUUAAGUUUUAAUUAUUUGUUAAGACAGGGAGGAGAGCUAGGACAGUAAGGGAGCUAUGGUCAAGGUCAUGGGUUAGAAACUAAACGUGAAAUAAAUGGGGGAGAUUGUGACUUUGUAUUAGUGAAAUACUCCACAUUCAGUCAUUGACUCUGAGAAUAUCCCCUGUGAUCAGGAAACUUAUGGGGUGAGCAGCUGAUUUCACUCCUAAAAGAAUUGACCCCCUACAAGGGUAAACCUAAAAUUGACGUCACUGAUGAAAUGGUUCGACAGGUAAAUCAUUCAUUUUAAUCAUGUUUAUUUUACUGUGUCUCAUUAAAUUUUGUCCCACAAACUACAGUAGAAAUCAUUAAUUUUUUUAAUUUUUAAAAAUAUUUUUCUCUUAUACUGUACCUAAGGCAGAUAAGGUUGUAGUCAAUUGUGAUCAGUAAGAAAGAAUUUAUUGUUACAUAUUUCGUUGUCGUUGUUUCCACAGAAUUACACGGCGCUAAGGAUAUUUCAGACCGCAGACGAUUUCUUCAAGUCUCUAGGAAUGAUACCAAUGCCAGAAACAUUCUGGGAGAAAUCCCUUUUCGAGAAACCUAAAGAUGGCCGACAGGUUGUAUGCCAUCCAUCGGCCUGGGACUUUUUUAACGGGAGAGAUUUCAGGUAACGGUAGAAUAAUUUAAGGUUAAGUUUUAAGAAUAAAUAAACGUUUUAACAUUUUAAAGAUUUAAUUGAGAAACAUUUAAAGAUUAUAACAGGAUUAAGUUAUUUGUUAAAUUCUCGUUUAAGUUUCAUCAAGUUCUAACUUAUUAUUUUAACAAUUGAUUAAAUCUAAUAGUCCGGACUUCAUAACUGUCAUUGUCUAAUGUCGUCACUUAAGAUGACCUAAAAGAUUAUAAUUUGUAUGCACUUACAUGAACAGUUUUUGUAAAGACGUCCCUGAAUCAAACUAAGGCGACUGCAUCAUUUACAUCUACGGCUACAUUGUGGCCUAUUUUGAGUAUAAUUGUUAAAACAACAGUACUUGGAAAAAAAACAACUGUUCUUGCAAUACUUAUACUUGAAAUAACUGCACUUAGGAUAAUUUUGAAGAAAAUGUCUUUGUAAUCACUGCCAUUGGAAUCACGAUCUUUAGAAUCAGUUUACGUUGCAAUAAUUGUACUUGUAAUAAAUGGUUUUGAUAAUCAUGAAUUUUUUUUUAAAAACUUCUUUGAAAUGUAUUUUUUUUAAAUAUUAUCCCGUGUGAAGUAUGCCUUUAUUUUAAUACCUAGAAUCAAAAUGUGCACAAUGAUAACAGCCGAACAACUGCAGAUCGCUCACCAUGAGAUGGGUCAUAUCCAAUACUACAUGCAUUACAAAGACCAGCCGAUCAGCUUCAGAGGUGGAGCCAACCCUGGUGUGUGCUUGUUUGUAUUACAUUGAAUCCAACUCAUUACGUCAUAGGUCAGUAGGUCAAGUUAGGAAUGUGCAUCAAGUCCGUGCGUUGCAAACUGCAAUGAACGACACGUAUCUUAUCUGAGGAAAGUUUUCUGUUUAUUCAUAAUUGUUUCCUGUGUUCUAUUAAUAACAGAAAGAAGAGAAAUAAUAUCGUCCGGAAACAGCGUAUGCUUCAGUAGUCAGAAACUACUGAAAAGUUUUUUGUUUUUUUUUAAAACAUUGCUAGAAAAACUAUGCAUAAAAAUGUAAUCAGACCAUUAAUAACAUACGCAACUAAACUUUGGACCCAUAGAAAACUGCCAGAAAAAAAUAUUAAACAAAUGGGAGAGAAAGGAUCUCAGGAAAGUAAAUAGAUUAACAAAGGAUUAACAUGGAUGGAUACUAGAGACCAACCAGUAACUGUUUUGUCUAUGUCAGGAUACCACGCUAGUAGCAGAAAUAAAAAUAAAAACGGGCUUGCUUCGCUGGGCAGGACACAUAGUAAGAACGCCAAAUGACAGAGGAUUGAAUAUAUUUUAUAAUCAAUGCCACAUGAUGGAGGUGGUUUCUAGCAGGGGUGAACUGGGCCGCCGGGACACCGGGAAGAUUCCCGAUGGGCCGCUAGGACUGGUGAUAUAAUAAAAUAAAAGUCCUGAAGAGAGGCCCGCUUUUUGUUUUUUUUUUCCCGGGCCGCUUUGAUUUUUUCCCGGGCCGCUUGAACUCCCCAGUCCACACCUGGUUUCUAGUGUUAACAAAUGAUGUUAAUAUGUGUUACCGACUACUUCUGUAAAGGUAAACAUUAAAUCGUAUUUGAUUCGAUUCUUAAAUAGGAUUUCAAGAAGCUAUCGGUGACACCAUCGCCCUUUCAGUGCAAUCACCAGAACACAUGCACUCAAUAGGUCUCCUUCCGACUGUUGGCAAUGAUACAGGUACGCUUAUUAUCGAUAAUUAAACUCUUUGUAACAGUAAGAAUAAAAGUUUAGCCGUAGACGCUCUGUUUUAACUCUUACCGGUGUUUAAAAUUUAGGGUUCUUGGUUCUAAAAAAAAAAUAGCAUUCUAUUAACCGUAACUCGCUAAGAUUCUACAUGAAUAAUGUUUAUAACAGCUAUGCCGUGUUCUCUGCUGUGCCGUGUCCUCUGCUGUGCCGUGUCAUCUGUUGUGCCGUGUCCUCUGCUGUGUCGUGUCCUCUGCUGUGUCGUGUCCGCUGCUGUGCAAUGACCUGUAAUGUAUCAUGACCUGUGCUAUGUCGUGACCUCUGCUGUGUCGUGACCUCUGAUGUGUCGUGACCUCUGCCGUAUCGUGACAUUUGCCGUGCUGUCACCUGUGCUGUACCGGCACCUCUGCUGUGCCGUGACCUCAGCUGUGCCGUGACAUCUGCUGUGUUGUUACCUCUUCUGUUUCGUGACGUCUGCUGUGUCGUGACGUCUGCUAUGUCGUGACGUCUGCUUUGUCAUGUCGUCUGUUAUUUUUUGACGUCUGACCUGUGCUGUGUCGUGACCACUUCUGUGUCGUAACUUCCGUUGUGGCUUGACGUGUGUCUCGUUUUGACUCCUGCUGUGUCCUGAGUCGUGAUGUUUCGUGACUCAUGCUGUGUCGUGACUUUUGGUCCGUCGUGACCCGUGCUGUGUCGUAACUUUUGGUCCGUCGUGACCCAUGCUUUGACUUAAUUUGUGCUGUGUCUUGUCUUCUGCUACGUUGUGACUUUCGCUGUGUCGCAAUUUUCGCUGUAUCGUGACUUCUGCUGCGUGGUAAUUUUAAUAGUGUAAUAAUAUAUCUACUCAAGUCUGUCGUUUGUGUAAAAACUAGCCUUUAUGCACUCUUUCAGUUACUUUUUAUACCUCUAAUCUGGCUGUUACUCACUUCAGUUCACCAACCAAUAUUCUUGCAUUUACGUUUAGGCAUUAAUGAAAAGAACUCACCACGUCCAGUCAUACAAAUGACAAAAACACAUGACAUUGAGGUCACCACGUUCCAUCAAUACACACAACAAUAUUAAUUUUCAGUCUCUCAUACUGUCAGUGACUUCUGCUGUUUCGCCAUUUCACUUCAUCUGUCUGAGUGUGAGAGGAGGGAAUGCGUGCAUCUACAUUCCAAGAAGCAUAUCCCUCUUCUGUUGCCCCUCUAUAUAGACCCUUGGAAACAUUAUAUGGACACCCAAUAAAAAUAGAAACUACCCUAAUUAACUAGGCUUUCCCGUUUAUAUGGAUGCCCUGAAAACAGUCAAUGCUACACAACAUAUGCCCCUCUAUCUGGUCCCCCCCCCUCCCCACCAGGGAGGAAAUUAGAAGCUACUCAACUUAAGCAGGUUUGCGCAGGCGCAUUCAGAGUCUAAAAUAAUGACCUAUGACAGCUAAAAAAAUGCAUAAUCUCCACAAUAUUAUCUCUUAUAGUAAUAAAAAAAAAUUCUUGACACUCUUCGCACUCUAGAAUAUGACAUCAAUUUCCUGAUGAGCAUGGCACUAGAGAAAAUCGUUUUUCUUCCCUUUGCUUAUCUGAUCGAUCAAUGGCGCUGGAGUGUGUUUAGAGGUGACACCCCACCUGAAAAGUACAAUGAGCACUGGUGGAACCUCAGGUAUCACGUAAAACUAUUGGCAUUUGAUUCUAGGAGAUCAUCUUACACAUUUAACAAAUAAACAUUUGACACAUACCGGGGAGAAAGAAAAUGUAUUUUAUGGUAGAGUUAAUUUUGAGUUUCAUCGAUUUUACAGUAACACAUAAUAACCUGUGCUGGCCUUUUAUGCAUGUCUCCAGGUGUAAGUAUCAAGGAAUAUCUUCACCGGUACCUCUAAAUUCUUCUGACUUUGACCCAGGAACUAAGUUCCAUAUACCAGCCGGUGCGCCUUAUAUCAGGUGACAAUGUCAUUUUAAAAAAAAUACAAAUAGCAUCUUACACAUUCUGUCAGCAUGGAAGACAUAUUCCAAGAACUGGAUAUCAUGCAUCACUCAAACAAUAGUUGAACAUUAUUUAUGUUGUUUCACGAACUAAACUCAAUCUUUUAAAAAAUAGUGCAAUAACGUUCCCAUUGAAAAUGUUUAUUUAUCAAGUAAAUCUACAUGUGUUUAUUAAUUAUUGAAAUUUGUUCGAUACGCCUCUGAUUGUGCCCCUGUGGUCUUUGACAUAUAAAAAUAUGUUCCAGAUAUUUUGUGAGUUUAGUCCUCCAGUUUCAAUUCCACAAAGCCUUAUGUGACGAAGCUGGCUACAGAGGUCCACUUCACAGAUGUGAUAUCUACAACAGUAAGCCUGCAGGAACCUUAUUGAGGUAGCCAAUUAGUGCACUUGAAAUAAUGGGGAAUUUUCUUGUUAUUAGUAACAAGCGAGAAGCCGUUAUGCGUUGCAAUGCCACUCAAAGAUAAAUAAAUGUCUGUGCUUUAAUUACAGUUUUGAAACAAUAUUUAAAUAGACAAAUUUUGUUGUUUUUUCUGUCUGGUGCUUACACAAAUAAAUUAGAAGGGUUUUUUGACACGUGAGCAGGCAACAUACGUGAGAAGCAUGGAUCUUCAACGUUUAAUUCACACACUUGUAGCGAUUAGUCCACUCAUUCAGUAGUUCUCUUUGAAAUUAUAUUUAUAUAGUUUAUAUAAUAAAAAAUAAACAAUUUAGGCCUUCAGCCCCAAAAGAUAAAUUGUAAAUUUGUUGAACCAGUUCAGAUAUUUACGUAUUAUGUCACAUCGAAUCUGAAAUUUCGCUUGUAUUUGAUGCAAUUCCAUCGACCCCAUGUAAUAGUUCUGUUUGGAAUUAUUUUUGCAUAGCUCAUUUAAGAAAAAAAAAUAAUUUAGCUUCCACCCCCCUCCCCCCCCCCGCCCGUACCACUAAAGGAAUAUUUCGAAAUGGAUGACGUAAUCCAGAAACCUUGUCUGGCGUGCACACAACAUAUCAAAGUUGUAUCCACAUUGGAUUUACAAUUAUUUUUAUCGCAAUCAUAUAAAUGGUAUAGGAGCGCCUUUAGAAUUUAUAUGUAGCUCAUGGAGGGGAAAAAAUAAUUUGGGCCACGGGCCUAAAAUGUAAGAUUGUAAAAUGUUUGUAUAAUUUUUUUUUUAAAUGCGGGCGUGUGUUCAACAAUGUACAAUUAUUUUUAUCGCAAUCACAUGAAUGGUAUAGGAGCGCCUUUAGAAUUUAUAUGUAGCUCAUGGUGGGGAAAAAAUAAUUUGGGCCACGGGCCUAAAAUGUAAGAUUGUAAAAUGUUUGUAAUAUUUUUUUUUUAAAUGCGGGCGUGUGUUCAACAAUGUACAAUUAUUUUUAUCGCAAUCACAUGAAUGGUAUAGGAGCGCCUUUAGAAUUUAUAUGUAGCUCAUGGUGGGGAAACAAUAAUUUGGGCCACGGGCCUAAAAUGUAAGAUUGUAAAAUGUUUGUAAUAUUUUUUGUUUAAAAUGCGGGCGUGUGUUCAACAAUUUACAAUUAUUUUUAUCGCAAUCACAUAAAUGGUAUAAGAGCGCCUUUAGAAUUUAUAUGUAGCUCAUGGAGGGGAAAAAAUCAUUUGGGCCACGGGCCUAAAAUGUAAGAUUGUAAAAUGUUUGUAAUAUAUUUUUUUUUAAAUGCGGGCGUGUGUUCAACAAUUUACAAUUAUUUUUAUCGCAAUCACAUAAAUGGUAUAGGAGCGCCUUUAGAAUUUAUAUGUAGCUCAUGGAGGGGAAAAAAUCAUUUGGGCCACGGGCCUAAAAUGUACGAUUGUAAGAUGUUUGUAUUUUUUUUUUUUAAAUGCGGGCGUGUGUUCAACAAUUUACAAUUAUUUUUAUCGCAAUCACAUAAAUGUUAUAGGAGCGCCUUUAGAUUUUAUAUGUAGCUCAUGGAGGGGAAAAAAUCAUUUGGGCCACGGGCCUAAAAUGUAAGAUUGUAAAAUGUUUGUAAUAUUUUUUUUUUUAAAUGCGGGCGUGUGUUCAACAAUUUACAGUUAUUUUCAUCGCAAUCACAUAAAUGGUAUAGGAGCACCUUUAGAGUUGAUAUGUAGCUCAUGGAGGGGAAAAAUAAUUUGGACCACGGGCCUAAAAUGUAAGAUUGUAAAAUGUUUGUAAUAUUUUUUUUUUUAAAUGCGGGCGUGUGUUCAACAAUUUACAAUUAUUUUUAUCGCAAUCACAUAAAUGUUAUAGGAGCGCCUUUAGAAUUUAUAUGUAGCUCAUAGAGGGGGAAAAAUAAUUUGGGCCACGGGCCUAAAAUGUAAGAUAGUAAAAUGUUUGUAAUAUUUUUUUUUUAAAUUCGGGCGUGUGUUCAACAAUUUACAAUUAUUUUUAUCGCAAUCACAUAAAUGGUAUAGGAGCGCAAGUGGAACAUACAUAGAUACAUUAAAUUUUAAAUAAUUAUAGAUAAAAUAGAAUCCUGCAAAUCCUGGACAUUAACAGCCGAUCUUGAAAGGGAAAUAAAUGCGAUUGAGAUUACAGGCUUCAGAAGCAUUUUUGUCAUCUGCUAUAGGGACCAUAUCUCCCAUGAUACUGUGAAAGAAAGGGUUGGUCAGGCAAUUUGGGAGUACGAUGACCUACUGGUGACUGUGAAAAACCGCAAACUACAAUGGUGCGGCCACGUAACAAGGGAACAAGGGCUUGCCAAAGAAAUAUUGCAGGGUACCACAAGAGAAGGGAGAAGAAGAGGAAGACAAAGAAAAAGGUGGGAGGAUAACAUCAAAGAGUGGACAGGACUAACACUUGGCAAUGCUGUUCGUAGUGCUGAAGACAGAGAGAAAUGGAGGAGGAUGAAUCACAUGUCAUCUGUGGCGCCCCAACGGUCCAAGGAUUAAUGGACAUGCGGAGGAUGAGGAGGAUGAGGAGGAUGAGGAAGAUGAAAAGGAUGAGGAGGAUGAAAAGGAUGAGGAGGAUGAGGAGGAUGAAAAGGAUGAGGAGGAUGAGGAGGAUGAAAAGGAUGAGGAGGAUGAGGAGGAUGAAAAGGAUGAGGAGGAUGAGGAGGAUGAAAAGGAUGAGGAGGAUGAAAAGGAUGAGGAGGAUGAAAAGGAUGAGGAGGAUGAGGAGGAUGAGGAGGAUGAGGAGGAUGAAAAGGAUGAGGAGGAUGAGGAGGAUGAAAAGGAUGAGGAGGAUGAGGAGGAUGAAAAGGAUGAGGAGGAUGAGGAGGAUGAAAAGGAUGAGGAGGAUGAGGAGGAUGAGGAGGAUGAGGAGGAUGAAAAGGAUGAGGAGGAUGAGGAGGAUGAAAAGGAUGAGGAGGAUGAGGAGGAGAUAAAAUUGACCGAAUAAAAGAUACCUUUUGCGCAAGUUUUUAAGGGAUCAUUCUAUUUACCUUACUACCUACCUACCUAACCAACACACCUACCUACCUAACCAACACACCUACCUACCUAACCAACACACCUACCUACCUAACCAACACACCUACCUACCUAACCAACACACCUACCUACCUAACCAACACACCUACCUACCUAACCAACACACCUACCUACCUAACCAACACACCUACCUACCUAACCAAUACACCUACCUACCUAACCAACACACCUACCUACCUAACCAACACACCUACCUACCUAACCAACACACCUACCUACUACCUAUCAGCCUGACUGUCUGUUGGUAUGUCUGACGGUGGGUAUGUUUGUCUGUCGGUAUGUCUGUCGGUCGGUUUGUCUGUCAUUCGAUAUGUCUGUCGGCUGUUAUGUCUGUCGGGCGGUAUGUCUGUCUGUCUCUGUGUCUAUCUAUCAUGUAUCUAUCUAUGUAUCUUUCAAAAAAAAUCUUAACCCAUCUCUAUUUUUUUUAAACACAUUUUCAACUGUGUAAAAUUAUUUGGUUUCAAUAUUCAUUGCUAAAAUUAUGUAAAUGUCCUUACGUUUUGUUCACGUCAUUGAUUUUCUUAUAUCAAAAACAUAGUGUCAGUUGUACAACGAGAAUAUAACAUUUAGUUUUCACCAUAGUAAUAUCAUUGGAUUUAAAGAUAGUGUCAUCCAUGUCAAGAUAUACACAACCCAUUUCCUACCCCCGAUAUAUAUGUACCUAAGAAGUUUAAUUAUUUAUUAUAUUCAUUCUGAGUCGUAUCUUGAACUGCCUUGGGCAAAAUGAAAGUUUCGUAUUACUCAUCCCCCGCACCCCCCCCCCUUUUUUUUUCUUUCGCAGAAGACUUAAAAAAAAAAUUAAUCAAAACAUCCACUUAAAACAACUGAUGUUUGGGUUUUCCCAAUAAAUGUUAUUACAGAGUAAUUCUUUAAUCAGAUUUGUUUUUAUUGUUCAUCAAUUUAAAACAUAUAAAAAAUGCCUACAAUAGUUCUUUAGUUGAUACUUUAAACGUAUUUUUUUAUUUGGGUGCUUGGCAGCAAAUCUCAAGGUUGUGGUCUGGAGUUCAAUUCCAGCCAGAGCCCAGUCAAGCAAAAAUACCACCAGCACCCCGGGUGGAUAACCCGCUAACCUUGGAUGGCAACUCAUCUAAGAGAAGGAAACCCUGAAAUCAAACCGGGAGACGUCACUGGUGCCAAUGAUGCGCCUUUGAUUCUCCUUUGGGUUAUCCAGCGGCGUGUAGAGAGGCGAUUUGCUGUUGGGAACCAGCCUAUAAUCCCUGAAGAAUAAUCGUCCUCCGAGGCCCACUUGUCACAUUGUGACGGACGGACGGACGGAUGGCAGCAUUUUUAAUUAUAUAAUAAUAUUUACACUUUAAAGACAUUUCAAUGUUAUUUGCGCAUUUAAAUUUAAUUAUUUGAUUUCCGUCAAAAAAUAGAAAAUAACUAUAAUUGUUUUUAAGAAUCCGAACGUACUCAGGAGUUGCGGUUCAAUAUAUAAAUGGCUCCUAAUUUGAACUUUUUCUGAAUUUUUAAAAAUGUUUUAGGAUAUUCCAUCAAUUAAUAAUAAUAAUAAUAAUAAAGUGUAUUUAAAAAACACGCUUCAUCCCCAAAGGCUCGAAGCACGGUACAAGAGUAAAAAUCUAUAAUUUACCACAUUUAAAACAAACGCAACACUACAAAAACUAAUUACAAGCAUACAAUGUCAAAGUCUUUCUACCCAUUUCAACCCUAAGCAACACAGCUAAUAUGCAUUAACUGGAAGAUAAGGUAGACAACCAUCCCAGAAAUUAAAUCCAAUUUGUAUUUUUCUAAUUAACUUAAUGCUAGAUUAUUCGUAUGAGAUUUAUGCUUGGUUUAUUAAUCCUUUAAAAAUAAGAUAAUUACUUACUUAGUACACUGGCUUUGUUGUCUUUUUGUUUUCCCCAGUAACAUGUUAAAACUCGGUGCCUCGGAGCCCUGGCCGGAAGCCAUGUAUCUCCUCACAGGACAAUACAAAAUGGACGCCCGGCCUCUCGUGGACUACUUCAAACCUCUACUGGAAUAUUUACGACGAGAGAAUGGCAACGACUAUGGCUGGUAUCCAGUGUGUCCAACUUUCGCUUCCACAUGUUAA